CAAAGACCUUUGCAAGUAGCAAUGUGGGCUUGGUGAUCACCCAGGUAUUUAAUGUUCAUUUUACUGUUUAAUAGGCAGUGGCAUCUCCAGGAUUCAUACUUGGGAGGGGGUACAUAAGGGGCCAGGGACAAAAGUAGGGGGGCAGUUAUAAAAUGUGUUUAUAAUAUUUAUAUAUACACAUACACAAAUACAUACAUACACAGGGCUCGAUAAAAUCCAGGUGCCAUGGCAACUAGACAUUUUCACCUGGCAGCCCUUUGCUAAGCCUCGCAGGAAACAUUAAAGCCAGCUGCCAUGGGGAGCAUGGAGGCGGCGCACAAGGGAGCAGUAACCUUCCCGCUGUUCCUCUCUGCUACCUUGCGCACUGUUUAGUGACAUGACGUCACUCCUACAAAGAGCGCACAGGGGAGCAGAGAGAAACUGCAGGAAGAUUGAGAGGAGACACACUGGACGCCAGGGAAAGAUCCAUUCAGCUUUUCCAAAGGUAGGGAGGAUUUAAAUUAAAAUAAAAAUAGCAAUUUGUGAGAAAAUGUGUGUGUGUCUCAGUCAGUGUGUGUCUCAGUCAGAGAGUGUGUGCCUGUCACUGUAUGUCUGUCAGUGUGUGUCUCAGUCAGAGAUUAAGGACUGAGCUUGCGUAUGGGGAGGCGAUCUUCCAUGCAGGGCAGAGCUUGUGUGCUGCAGAAGCUGCUGCACAGUGGCGGAACUAACGUAGAGUGGGCCCUGUUGCAAAAAGUGUUUUUGGCCCCCUAAAGACACAUGCCCAUCGAGUGACCCUAAUUGCACGGGCCACUCGAUAGGCCCCGGUGUAACCACAACACCAGCACUCCCUGUAGUUCCACUGCUGCGCCUGCCUUAUUACAGGCAACACACCUUUUCACGGAAACAGGAAAACCUUUUCAGGAGAUGCAAGAUAAUGUUCCAUGGUGUUUAGAAGGGGCAGUGGUGAAGUGUGUGUAUAUAGGAGUCUGUUUAUGGCGCACUAUGUGUAACUAGGGGCUGUAGAGGCCCUGGGGAGAUAGCGCAGCUAAGCGGACAAGGGCACAUGUAUGAGUGUGGGGAUAGAUGCAUGCAUGGUAUUGGUUGGGAAAGAGUGUGUGGGUGGGAUUAUGUUCUGUGUAAGUUAGUGUGGGGGAGGUCUUAUGUUAGUGCCACUUAGUGCCACUUGGGAUUCGGGCCAGCAAGCAGCUUCCUGUCCUCCUGCUCCUGUUUGCCUGGGCCUGCAGGUUUACCAGCUUGAGGGAUGAGAUUGAGGCCUACUGGCUUCCCUCCAAGCUGCUCUAGCGUGGUUGGUGGCCGGUGACUCCUGACUCAGGUACUCUCCUCUCCCCUGGGUGGCUGCCGGUGUGGGUGCUCCCCCCUGCAGCCUGUGUCCCUCUGGGGCCUUCCCUGUGGCCCCUGCUCCUGGGGGCCGCGAUGGUGUCGGCCGGCAUUCCAGCCCGCCGGCUCCGCUACCCCCCCAGUGCUGCUCCUUGGGCCCGGUUGAGGAGGUGUAACCGGGGCCCGAGGCUUCUCCUGGCCGCGUGUCUGAGGCUCCAGACAAGCGGCCUACAGCUGCCGCGAGGAUGCACGGCCUACUACCGCCGCGCAGGACUUGCAGCCUCCCCCUCCUGCAGCCAGAUCACGGGCUGCGGCCUCUGGCGUUGAGAUUCGCGCCGGAAACUGUAAGAGGCGGGAGGCACAUCCUGCGCCCUCUGUGGCCGGCCAAAGGCCUUCUGACGGGGCGCGACUGCGGGGCCUGGGAUGGGGCACCGGCGGUGAGUGAGCCCUGCGGGGCCGAGAUGGGACUGCCCCGAUGCCGUUGGGGAUGUGGGGGGACAUCUCCUGGGGGCCUCCUUUGCCAGUGAGGAUGGCGCCCCGGGGGUCUCUCUCCCCUGCACCCCCUCUUUUUUUCAGUUUCUCCCCCCCUUCUUUGUCUCUGGACUGGUCCCCCCCAGUUGGCGUUUCGUGUUUUUUCUUCUUUUCUUUCCCUCCAUUUUCCCUUCUCUCUGUUCUCUUGCCCCUUCCUCUCUCUCUGUUUCUCUCCUCUAUGACCUCCCUCCCCCCAUCCCCCUUCUCCCCCCAGCCCCCUUCCAAUGCUCUUACCUGUUCCUGGAUCUUCUCUGACUUCUGUUCUUCUCUCUCUGCCUUCUGCCCUUCUCUCUCUGCCUUCUGUUCUUCUCUCUGCUGGUUACUUACCUCGGCUGCCUCCUGGUGGCACGUCCUCUCCAUGCCAUUCUCACAGGUCCUGGCUGCAGUUCAUAGAAGCUGUGGAAGCAGUGGAAGCUGAUUUCAAUGUCUUCUGCCUGGACUUCUACGCUUGUUAUGCCGCGGGUGGUGCACCGGGCAUUGGCUGGUGAGUACGUUGUUCCUUCUUGUAUACAGUCGGAUCCCUAUAGAGCUAGGGGGGAGUGGGUCUUAGCGCGCGCAAAAAAAAAAAUAAUAAAAAAAAAAAAAAAUUUAAAUUUGGAAAUGUCAAAUAAAUAAAUAAAACUGAAUGAAUACAUGGAUAGCAUGUGAAGUAAAAGAUUUAAAAAAAAUGAUUAAAUACAAAUUAAAAAAACUAACAAAAAAAACCUGAAUAGAAUGAGAAAUAAAAGAUUCACAAAAAACGGUACCUGGAUGCCGCUUACCAGGGAGUCCACUCCGGUUAUUUAACCCCCCCCCUCCCUUUUAUCAGUAUUUAUCAUAUGUUAUAAUCUAGCGCAGCUAAUAGCGCUGGCGUUGCCUCCCAGGAGGCGGGCGGUUAGGGUGCUUGGGAGGGACUCCAGGAGGGGCGUGGGGGGUAAAUACUGUAAUCGGUUGCACCCCAUAAUGCGCGGGAAAUGUGUCAGGGCAUCGUAUGUUCUGGAUAACAUUGUCGGGGAGAGGGCUCCCCAGGUAUGCUCCACGUUCUGCGGUCAGGACACUCUGUGGGACGCAUGUCGUUCCUACGGUGAGCUGUGUUGGUGGCAUAAAAAAAAACAAAAACUGAAAAUGGGGUCCUUGUCUGUUCCAGCACGAGGGCUCCGGUCGCAGGGGGGCCCAUCCCGUCCCCCGCGGUUUUUCUUGCGGGCAAUCUGUCGGGAUAGGGGACGAGCAGGACCUUUCGGCCCAUAUGAGACUUCCUCCCGACCAAUUUUAGGGUGCCCCCGAAGUCCGCUCCGCGGUUCCCCCUCUUGGGUUAUGGUGCCCAUAGAGGGGCAGGGUCAAUAUUGCAUGAUUUCUUAUUUACUCAGUUGUCGUUCCCUCCAAGGGGUUAGGUAUGGGAGGGCAUGACACAACGGUCCGCGUGGUUAGGGCUGCAGGGCUCUGGGGCCUUGCUGACAAAGGCAGCACUGGAAUUGGCUUUCCGGUUGCUGCCGAUGCGACAGGCAGGUUAUUGUUUUGCAGGCCGUAUUUCUGACAGUCAGUGUUAUGUGGCUAUGUGCCUCCGCACGGGUGGCUCUUAAUGUCGCCUAUGUGUGGGGCCUACAGUGUCGCGCUCGGCUGCUGUGGUGUUUUUCUUGUGGUAGUGUUUCAGAGUUCCGUGGGUCGGGAUACGCACGGUAGUCUCCUGGAUAGUGGGAUCGAUUCUGGCCGGGGAACGUCGGUUGCCCCGGACUGCGGUUUAGGACAUACGGUGGGAGGUGUCGGUGGUUUUGGGGGUGUUGGUGGUUUCAGCUGCGCUACCCGUGGCCUCUCCUGGGUAAGCUGGGCUUUGCCUGUCGGUGUUGCCCUUGGGGCUGUAUGGGGUUUCCUUCUGGGCUUGCGCCACUGUUUCAAAGGGCUUGAAUGGUGGGGGUCAGGGUGGUAGGUUCCUUGGGUUCACCCUGCCGGUCUCCGAAUGUCUUUCUCUCCGCGGUUACGGUCAUCCCCCACCCCCCCGGAAUAGAGAUGGUGGGAUGCUAAUAUGUAAUUUGGGCCAGGAGGCAGGGGCGAGUGGUUGGAUCUUACGCCUUCGGAAGCGGAGGUUCGGUGGUCUGGCACCAGAUUCAUGAGGGGGGUGUGGCUCCUCCUCAUCCGGGGUCAGCUGUCCCGCCUCCUGGGGGUACCAGGGUUUUUUUUAUCUCUGGGUGGAAUGACCUGGGUUUGGUGACGGUUUGGGAUUUGGGUGCUCUUAAAUCUGCACAUUUUAAGCAUUCUGUUUCUUCCCAGAGGUUCUCAGGGGCUGGGCUAUUGCCCGUUCCUGUUGGCAGUGCGCUCAGCAAUGUGAGUGCCCUGGUGCGCUGCCGUCGGAAAUCGGACGAGAUGGGUUUCUAGGUUUGUCUUGGGGGCUUGGGGGAUUCCAGAUCGACUUAGGGUUUGGCCAGAUGUGACCUAGUUAUCUCGAGGGGAUGUAUGCGCUUGCUGGAGGUCGGACUAGGCCUAUGUUAAUCUAGCGCUGCAAGAAGUGGUGGAACAGGCCAUGGCUGGUUGUGGUGGGCUCCCCUGCUGAUUUUAGGUGUAAAACAGCGGGGUUGUGGUGGGAGUAUGUCCUUGCCAAUUGAGUUUGAGGGGUUACGUUUAAAUAUAUGGAAUGAGAUGAACACGUUUUUAAUGUCUCAACCUCCCCUUCAAACGGUUAACAUUAGAUUACCUGAGGUGUCGUGCCUAUCGAGCGUGGAUAAGGUCGGCUGGUGGCGGGCAUUGGAAAGAUAUGAUUUUAUGACGAGGGGGGAGGUGAGAGGAAGUGGUGAUUAGGAAUCACCGUAUGUUUAUUGGCAAGGAUGGUUGAGUCACUGUAUAACACUAUGUGUGGAGUCAUAUGUAUAAAUGUUAAUUUAUGCCUAUUUAUGUCUAACGUUUUUGGUUACAGUAAAAGAAGAGAUUUAAUAAAUAAAGUUAUGGGUGUGUUAUGCAGAAAUUUAGUUUGUGAUAAUAAAUGCUGUGGCCUGUUUCAUCCAUACUACGUGUUCUGUCGUUAUUGGGGGGUUGAAUGGGGUUAGUUUAUGUACUAGGCUGCAUUGUGUAUAGGAGCUUUUGAGAUUGUGUGUGUGCUGACCUGUAAAGUGUGUGCGUGUGCUAGCAAAAACCAAAAAGAUUAUGGUGGGGAAAAAAAUGUGAUUGAAAACCCCUUCCACCUGAAGUCUGUGGAUAGUUAAUACAAUGUUAAACAAAAAUCUGCAUAUGCCCACCCAGAAUCCUUUGCGGUAGUGACAUCACUGCAAAUUUGUGAUUUCUAUGGGAAUGGUGUGUAAUGGGGUGAAGCAUGCAUGUAUGUGUGGGAGUGAAGGAAUGUGGGGAAGAAGUGUGUAUGUGGGUGAAGAGAUGAUGUGUGUGAGGGGUGCACUGCGUGUGUAUGCAAAGGUGUACUCUGUGUUGGUGGGAGUAUGUGUAUGUGGGGGAUUCCCUGUCUGUGACGGUGUACUGUGUUCAGGAGGGUGUAGAGAGUGGGAUAGGGAAGAGCUUAACAAUUUUUACUUUAAUAAUUGUUUUUUUUUUAAAAAUUAAAAAUAUUCGCCUUUCCCUGAUCUUACCUUUCAGGGAGGGGGUGACACAAUCAGAUCUGACCGCAAGUGACCUCAAGUGUACACACUUACACAGACUGACCCAUACAAACCCACAGACUGACACACAUACACACUGUUCCCCCACACCAGGGCCGCCAUCAGGGGGUGACAACCGUGACUAUUGUCACGGGCCUGGCGGCCCUGGGGGGCCCGGACUGCUCUGCUCUGUGAAUGUUUACAUGGUGUGUUCAAUAAAAACAUGGCAACAUUUCAUUCUUUGUUUGUUAUUAGUUUAAGCAGACUGUGAUUGUCUAUUGUUGUGACUUAGAUGAUGAUCAGAUCACAUUUUAUGACCAAUUUGUGCAGAAAUCCAUAUCAUUCCAAAGGGUUCACAUACUUUUUCUUGCAACUGUAAAUAUAUUAAUUCUACUUAUAUAUUUAUGUAAUAUUUUUACAUAAUUAGGUCAUUUUAUUAAUUACAAUUUCCAGGACCUGCCUGAUAACCCAGGCAGAAAGUCCAGAGAAUUUAAUUUACUAGCACUAUAUUUAACCCUGUAACUUUCUAAGACUCCCUAAAACCUGUACAUGGGGGAUACUCUUUUACUCGGGAGACUUUGCUGAACACAAAAGUAUCUGACAGGACUGUCAUCCCACAGUCAGUAAGGGGGGUUGUGACAGGCUAGGGGGGGUCUAUGACAGGUUGGCGGGGCUGUGACAGGUUGGGAGGCUGUGACAGGGUGGGGGGGCUGUGACAAUAUGUGUGGGUGGCUGUGACAUGGUAGGGGGGCUCUGAGAGGGUAAGGGGGCUGGAUGGGCUGUGACAUGGUGUGGGGGCUUGAGGGGCUGUGACGGUGGGGGGUGGAGUGGCUGUGACUGUGUAGGGGGCUGGAGGGGCAGUGACAGAGGGGAUGGGGGGCAGUAACAGGGGGUAGGGGGUGGAGGGGCUGUGACAGGGUGUGUGUGGAGGGGUGACAGGGUUUGAGCAGAAGGGUGACAGGGUGGGGGCUGUCAACCCACAGCCAGUAAGGUGAAAUGUGACAAGGUAGGGGGGUUGUGACAGGGUGGGGGCUGUGAGAGGAUGGGGUGGGGACUGUGACAAUGUGUGGGUGGCUGUGACAGGGUGGGUGUGGGAGCUGUGACAUGGUACGGGGGCUGUGACAGAGUAAGGGGGCUGGAGAGGCUGUGACAUGGUUUGGGGGCUUGAGGGGCUGUGACAGGGUGGGGGUGGAGUGGCUGUGACAGGGUGAGUGUGUGUGGAGGGGUGACAGGGUGUGGGUGGAAGGGUGACAGGGUGUGGGUGGCUGUCAUCCCACAGCCAGUAAGGUGGGUUGUGACAGUCACAGGUGGUAUUGGGGGUGAAAGGGCAGUGAGAGGGUGUAGGGGGAUGGAGGGGGUAUGACAGUGGGUAGGAGGGGCUGUGACAGGGGUAGAGGGGCAGUGACAGAGUAGGGGGAGGAGGGACAGUAAGAGGGUUAGGGGGUAUGGGGGCAGUGACACUGGGGAUGGAGGGGCAGUGACAUGGUUGGGGGGGGUGGAGGGGCAGUGACAGGGGAUGGGGCAGUAUCAGACAGUAGCGGGAUGGAGGGGCAGUGACAGGGGGUGAUCGGAGAAGGGGCAGUGAAAGGGGAUAGGGGGAUGAAUUGGCAGUAACAGAGGGCAAGUGGGGUCGAGGGGCAGUAACAGGGUGUAGGGGGUAGUAUCAGGGGGUAGGGGGAUGGAGGGGCAGUGACAUGGUUAGGGGGGAUGGAGGAUGCUUCUGUGCAGAGCUGAGCUUCUUCUCCCCUUCUCUCCCCUGCUCUGCUCUCCGUGACCCAGGAGGAAGUCCUCCCAGGACAGUGCCCCCUAUGGCCACACGUGGGAAAAGGGUGGAACAUGGUUCCACAGUGACAGCACUGCUGCAGCCUGCGCAGGGAGACUCAGUGCUCCUGACUUCAAUUUCAAUUGGGGGGGAACAAGGGAAGGCAUUGCAUGAUGGUGGGGGGGGGGGGGGACAUGCACACUGUCUCUUACUAGUACACUCCUGCACUUUCUUAACCCAUAAAACUUUAUAUUUACCCUACCUUCACCUGCUCUUGAUAUUCCAAUUAUUUCCAAUUUACUUUUUCCCAGUUUAGCUGUCUUCUCCUCCUCUUCAUCUUCUCCUUCUCCCUCAAUGUAAAAAUCUCUCCUUACACCCACAUCACUCAUCCCCAACCAGGGCUGGUGCAAGGAUUUUUGCCGCCCUAGGCAAACAAAAAUUUGCCUCCACCACCCCAUAUAUCCUGCCCAUCAUGUUACAUCACAAUGCCCCACCCAUAUGCUCUGCCAUAUGGGCCAACACCAGUUCUGCACAAAGUGUCUUUUAUCUGAAAAGGCAGUGUGUUUACAUGAAAAAGCCUGCAGGCACAUUAAGCUGUAGUGGUUCUGGUGACUAUAGUGGCCCUUUAAUGUGAGGUAAAUUAGAGAUUAGUGUCACUAAUAAUAUAUUGGAUUGCCUACUUACCACCAGAUGAGGACAAGAGGAUGAUGAUGGGCUGCAGUCUGGCUCCACAGGUCUAGUGUAGAAGAGGCUCUCUGGAGACUGUUUGUAACAGUGCUCACAACAAUUAAUGAACAGGAAGCAGCUCCAUUUUUUGGGGCCCCUUACACAGCUCAUGGUCUGGGCCCCCAAGGCCUGACCAUGAGUAUGCUUACAAGGCCCACCCAUAAAUCCACCUAAAUGGCCCACCCAUUAGUUUUCACACAGGGAGUGGAGUGUAUCUGUGUACGGGAUGUGUUGUGUUAAUGUAGAGGAUGUAAUGUGUGUGUGUUUGUAUGGAAUAUAGUGUAUAGGGAUACCAAUUUGUAAGGGAUGCAGUGUGUGUUUGUGUGUACGGAAUACAUUGUAUAUUUCUAGGUGUGUGUGUAAUGGAUGCAAGGUGUGUUUCUGUGUACGUAAUUUAAUGCAGUGUGUGUUUGUAAGGGGUGCAUUGUGUGUGUGCAAGAGAUGCAUUUUGUUUGUGUGUGUGUGUGUGUGUGUGUGUGUGUAAGAGAAGCAGUGUGUGUAUAUGUAAGGGAUGCAUUGUGUGUUUCAGUGUGUCUGUGUAUGAGUAGGGAUUCAUUGUAUGUUUCGGUGUGUGUGUGUAUGGAUGCAUUGUGAGUUUCUGUCUAUGUGUAAGGAUGCAUAGUGCUCUCCCCUCCUGUCAGUUAGUGAUCUCUCUUCUCUCCUGUCCCUCAGUGUUCUCCCCUCCUGUCCCUCAGUGCUCUCUCCUCCCCUCCUGUCCUAAUUCGACUUUUCUGCAGCUUUUGACACUGUUGAUCAUCAACAGCUUCUUCUCAUCUUCCGUAAUAUCGGUCAACAAGAUAUUGCUUUCUCCUGGUGCUCCUCCUACCUCUCCCAGCGCUAUUUCAGUGUUUCUUUCUCUUGCUCUGCUUCUCCCCAACUCCUCUCUGUUGCUGUCCCUCAAGGUUCAGUCCUUAGUCCUCCACUGUUCUCUAUCUAUACUUCCUCCCUUGGUAAACUCAUUAGCUCUUUUGGCUUCCAAUAUCAUUUCUAUGCAGAUGGCAUGCAAAUCUAUCUAAUCUCUCCCCGCCCCACUUGACUAGUAUCUCUCACUGCCUCUCUGCUAUUUCUAACUAGAUGGCUGCCCACUUCCUUAAACUCAACUUGACCAAAACUGAAAUUCUUGUCUUUCCUCCCUCAAGUGUUGCUACUCUUGUGUCUGUCUCCCUCCAAGUCGACAGUGCUACCAUCAGCUCCACCACGCAGGCUCGCUGCCUAGGUGUUCUCUUUGACUCCAACCUCUCCUUCGCGCCUCACUUUUAGUCUAUCGCCAAAUCCUGCCGCUUCUGUAACGGCUACCCAGCUGUAGAGGGGUAUCUGCCGUUGGAGAUGUCCUUUUCUGUGCAAGCUGCUGUGUAGUAAUGGAGUCCUGUCGUUCGGUAGUUUCAGCACGAACUUACGAGCUCCUGGAGGUCUCAGCGGUGUUCGCCUGUUUGCGUAUCCGUUUUUAGUUCCAUGCGUUCACAGGCAAACACCGCCGUUCAUGCGUAAGAUGGCCGCGAACACGUGUAAAGUCCCGAAAUGGCGGCCACCUAUUCUGAGACAAAGGGAUUCGUCUGAACCAUGCGAACGGCUGUCCGGUCUUAGUCAAGGUAAAAGUUCCGUUUGCCUGGACAGUCCGUCUGCAUUCCCAUUAAACCGGCCAGGGCGAUACUGAAUGGAGAAGUUGUAUGGUUGUAGUGCCAAGCUCCAUCUUAGUAAUCGUCCAUUGUCCCCAGCCACUCGGUUCAGCCAGACUAGGGGGUUAUGAUCUGUGAUCAGUGUGAAUUCUUGGCCGUAGAGGUAUGGGGUGAGCUUCUUUAGGGCCCAAACCAGGGCUAGACACUCCUUUUCCACUGCCGCGUAACUCACUUCCCGAGGUAAUAGUUUCCUACUCAGGUACGCGACAGGGUGUUCCCCUCCAUCUUCCCUGACCUGGCUCAGAACUGCCCCCAGUCCGUACAUGGACGCAUCUGUAUGGACAACAAAUCUUUUGUUAGGGACGGGGGCAGACAAAACCGGUGCGUUGAUCAGGGCUUGUUUCAGGGUUUGGAAUGCUGUUUCGCAGGCGGGAGACCACAGGACUACUCUUGGCAAAUUUUUCUUUGUCAAAUCUGUCAGGGGUUUGGCGAUGGUGCUGUAGUCAGGGACAAAUUUCCUGUAAUAUCCUGCUGUCCCUAAGAAUGCCAGUACUUGGGUCUUGGUGUGGGGUGUGGGCCAGUUGGCUACAGCCUCUACCUUCGCGGGUUCUGGUCGCUGUUUCCCACACCCUACCCUGUGUCCCAAGUACUGUACUUCGGCCAUUCCGAAAUUACACUUCUCUGGUUUCAGAGUUAGGCCUGCGGCCCUAAUCUGAUCCAGCACAGCCUCUACAUGUCUCAAAUGGUCUUCCCAAGUCUCACUAUAGAUCGCAAUGUCAUCCAGGUAUGCGCAUGCGAAUUCCUGGAAGCCAUCAAGGAGGCGAUCCACUAAGCGCUGAAAUGUAGCUGGGGCGUUCUUCAUCCCGAAUGGCAUGACCUUAAAUUGGUACAAGCCAAAUGGGGUGACAAACGCCGACUUAGGGAUAGCGUCCUUGGCCAGGGGGAUCUGCCAGUACCCUUUGCACAGAUCGAUGGUGGUCAGAUAGCGUCCCCUGGCAAUACGAUCUAAUAGUUCGUCUACCCGGGGCAUGGGGUAGGCGUCUGUCACGGUCCUAUCAUUGAGGCGUCGAUAAUCGACACAGAAUCUGGUCGUCCCGUCCUUUUUGGGGACUAGGACAACUGGGGAGGCCCAGGGGCUGUCGGACGGUUCUAUGACUCUAAGUCUUAGCAUCUCCUGAAUCUCCUUUCUCAUUUCCUCCUUUACAGCCUCAGGGAUUCUAUAGGGAGUCUGUCUAAGUGGGGUCUGUCCUGGUGUCUCCACAUAAUGUGUCGCUAAGGGUGUGUAACCUGGCUCCUGAGAGAAUGUCAAUCCUUUCUCAGCUAGCAAUUGUUGGAGUUGCUCCCUUUCUGUGGGAGUUAACCGCUCCCCCAGCUGCACUGUAUUAAGCAGAGUUUUAGGCUCGGAGUCUGCUAACAGAUCCGGGAUGGGGAGACUGUCAGGGUCUUCAGUGGCCGGGAUACAUAUGGCCGCUAUAUCUUCGGGCCUUUCUUGGUACUCUUUUAACAAAUUGACAUGAAAGGACUUCUGGACCCUUUCGUCUUGGCUACUGGCAAUUACAUAGGUGGUGUCACAUAUCUGCAAUACAAACACAAUGGAUGGAGCAAUUCUUGUUCUUUUCUCUUCUCCAAUAUAUUACUGCAGAGAUAGAGAAAUAUACAAAAUAGUGUAGACAGUUCACAAUAUGUAUUAAAGUGCAAUAAGUGCAAGGAAACACUCACAAAAUCAGAGCCAAGGGACCUGGCUCUGGUAUAGAUGAUUUCUGGAUCUAUUAUAGGGUGAUCCUGACCCUUCUGUAGCUGGUGAGAUCUCCAAUAAGUAGAAGAGGAUCCAGAGGAUGGAAUGAAAAGUAACUUUAUUACUAAAAUAUAUAUGUAAAAUAAUAAAAUAUGGAAGAAUAAAAAAUAAGUACAAAGUAGUAAGCCAAUACGCGUUUCGCCAAUUGUGGCUUCCUCAGUCAGCUUCUAACAAUACUUGUCCAGAUAAUGUCUUUAUAUAAGUCCUCAAUACCUUGUAUUUUGCGCCAAAAUCCGUUGUGGAACGCAUUCAUGCGUUCCAAAUCUCCGUUUGUAUUAAUUUCCUGCUUCCGGCGGCGGCCAUUAUGUGACGUCACUUCCGCAUUAUCACUUCCGGGGUUUCUCUCUGAGUGGAACGCAUAGUGCGCUCCACUCAUUCUGCUGUCUCCGGCUUUCACAACGGGACAUUCCAAUGGAACGCAUAUAUGCGUUCCAACGCUCCCACUGGUCCACAUCGUAGAGCUGCAUAUACUUUCAGUUCACAUAAUAGGGCACAAACAUGUGUCCCAAAAUUCUUCUUGGACUAUCUCCACACACCAUAUCUCAUGUAUAUAGGGACAAGGAUAUAUUUAGAUAUGUAUCGAAAUCAGCAUCAAUAUUAAUCAGCAUCAAUUUGUCACCUUAACAUAUUAAUUCAACUGAAAUAUAACCAAUCAUAACAAAUAUCAAUUAUAUCACCUUGACAUAUUCUAGCUUGAAUACAACCAUAUAUUCAAAUUCCCGAUUCUUAAAGUGACCAUGCUCUUUUUAUAAAAACAGUGAAUUUAAAAAAUACAGUGAAUUUUUAAAGGACAGUGAAUUUUUCAUGAAGUGACCAUGCCAAGUGGUAAAUAUACAGGUAAUAAAUACCUACAGUAAUUUAAAAUCUUUCUAGUUUUCUUGAAUUUUUCAUAAAGUGACCAUGCAAAAAUUACCAAAGUGCAUAUGCAAGUGGUGGAAUAUCUACAAUAAUUUAAUAUCUUUCUGCUAAAAAAAAAAUAAUAAAAAAAAAUUAAUAAUAAUAUACUAUAUUAAAAGAGAGUUUUAUCCUUAUUCUUUCUUCUUUCUUAAAACUAUCAGUUAAUUUAUAAAAAGUUAAUUUAUAAAAAGUUAAUUUAUAAAAAGUUAAUUUAUAAAAAGUGGCAUAACUCAAAAUCUUGGUUGAGUCCAUUUGGGAUUAGUGUUUUUAAGUUGUAAAUACACUUCAUCUCCUCUUCCCCAAUUUUUUUAUUAAAAUCGCCCCCCCUCCAAUCUCUAUGUACUACUUUUAUUGCGCAAAAGGACAUCUUUUUUGGGUCUUUAUUGUGAUACAAAUUAAAAUGAUUGGAGACACUAUGUGUGUCCAACCCUUUUUUUAUAUUUCUGAUAUGUUCUUCAAUCCUUAUAUGUACAUUUCUAAUUGUUCUUCCUACAUAUAUAAGGUCACAAGGACAUUUUAAAAUAUAGAUAACAUUUUUGGAAAAACAAGUUAGCUGGUUUCUUAUCACAUAUGGUGUCACAUAUCUGGGCCACUACCUUGUAAGGGCCUUGCCAGGAGGUCUGUAGCUUGUUUCCCUUGACCGGUCUAAGUACCAGAACCUUCUGACCUACUUGGAACGUUCUCAGCCGGGCGCCCCGAUCAUACCAGUGUUUCUGAUGGCCCUGGGCUGCCUGGAGAUGUUCUCGGGCCAUUCUGGCUAGGUGCCCCAUGCGGUCCCGCAUCUCCAGUACAUAAGGUACGAUAGGAACGCCCUCAUGCUCCAUCUCUCCCUCCCAGUGCUCUCGGAUGAGGUCGAGGGGGCCUCGCACUCGCCGUCAAUAGAGCAGCUCGAAGGGAGAGAACCCUGUGGAUUCCUGGGGCACCUCUCGAUAUGCAAACAAGAGGUGCGGCAAGAAUCGCUCCCAGUCUCUGUAUUCCGCUGUAAAGGUCCGCAGCAAUUGCUUUAGGGUACCAUUAAAGCGCUCACAGAGACCGUUAGUCUGGGGGUGGUACGGGGAACUGAGCAGGGUCUUGACACCACAGACCUUCCACAACUGUUGUGUUAGGUCUGCGGUGAACUGGGUCCCUCGGUCGGAUAGGAUUUCCUGAGGGAAUCCCACUCUGGUGAAUAUCCCAACUAGGGCACUGGCGACAGUGUCAGCCUGGAUAUUCGUCAGAGCGACAGCCUCUGGGUAGCGGGUAGCAUAGUCCACUACUGUAAGAAUAUACUUCUUACCCGAGGGACUGGGGUUAGGUAGGGGUCCCACUAGAUCGACUGCCACCCGGCUAAACGGUUCCUCAAUCACGGGCAUGGGUGACAGUCGAGCUUUAGGGUGGUCCCCUCUCUUUCCUACUCGUUGGCAUGUAUCACAGGUACUGCAGUAACGCCGCACGUCCUUUGAGAUCCCAGGCCAGAAAAAGGUCUGUGUGAUCCUGUAGGCGGUGCGGUUACCCCCUAAGUGUCCUGCCAACGGAAUGUCAUGUCCAAUUCGGAGAAGUUCCAACCGGUACUUUCUGGGUACCACUAGUUGGCGCUUCUGUGAAGGGAUACAGCCUCUCCUCCUACCUUGUGUCAACCUGUAUAAUCUGUCACCUUCCCAUAUAAAACGUUCCCGCUCAUCCCCCCCACUGUCGGCUAAUUCCCGAUACUUUUGGAGAGUGGGGUCCUGUCUAGUCUCCCUCCCAAACUCCUCUGGGGUGUCCCAAGCUAUGGGUCUUUCUACCGUGUUAGGGCUGAGUGUCUGUUUGUGGUUUACCUGGGUCUCCCGGUCUGCUGGAGGAUCGUCUUCGAUACGGGUCUGUGAGCGGGUGGUCACGGGACAGGCAGCAGCAUUCGUGGGUAGAUAAGCUGAAGCCAGAGGGCCAAUGUCGUUGCCCAACACGACUUCAGCAGAUAAAUUGUCCAUGAUUCCUACUGUGGUCUUUCCCGACCCGACUCCCCAAUCCAAGUGUACCCGGGCAGUGGGUAAACGAAAAACAGCCCCCCCUGCGACACGGACAGCAACAGUGCGUGUAGAUACAUGCUCCGGUUUCACAAGAUGUUUCUGCACCAAAGUGAUGGUAGCGCCCGUGUCCCUUAGGCCUUGUGCCACCUGCCCAUUUACACGCACCUCCUGGCGGUGAUGCUGGCGGUUAUCUGGGGAUGCAGCUUGUAUGGGGUUUGCCUCGUAUAGGAUGCCCAAACACUCCUCAGGGCUCCCUUCGGUUUCCAGGCAGUGAGCAGCAGAGGUGCGUGAUGAAGGGGUCUCUGUGUUAUUGGUUGAUUGCCUCCAGUUGUUAUUGGCUGAUCCCAAGGGGCAAUAACGAGCAAUAUGUCCCGUGUUGCCGCAGCGAUGGCACGUAAUUUUGUAAGCAUCCCGGGGUUGGUUGUUAGACCCCUGAGGACGUGGGGGUCCUGGGGGUACUGGGGCUCGAAAUUCUGUGCGUGCAGCGGGCGUUGAGGUGCGUGGCUCUGCCCUAGAGGUUGGUCGUGUGGACCCUUGGCUCACCUUUCUCGACUCUGCGUAUUCGUCCGCUAGCCGCGCUGCCUCGAUUAAGUUAGCAGGGCGACGAUCUCUCACCCAAUCCUGUAUGUCUGCUGCCAGAUCUUGGAAGAAAUGUUCCAUUAGGAAUAGCUGUAGUACUUCCUCUCCGGUGUUGGCAUUGCACCCUCGUACCCAAUGUGAUGCCACCCUUUGUAUCUUGUUUGCCCAUUCCAUGUGGGAGUCUGCAGCCUUCUUUUUAGACUCCCUGAAGCGACGGCGAUACGUUUCCGGGGUGACGGCAUAUCGGGUGAGCAGUGCAGCCUUCACCCGGCGAUACUGUGCAAUAUCUUCCUGUACGUAGGCAAGACUUUUAGAGCCUUUAAAGAAAGGAUUAUGGAACAUGUAAGGUCCCCCAAGAAUCGCCUUGAAACACCAAUUUCGAGACACCUAAAAGAACACCAUCGAAGUGACCCCAGUAAUUUGAAAUUCUGUGGUCUGGGAGACAGCCACUAGAGGCUGGAUUAACCCUCAAUGUAAACAUAGCAGUUUCUCUGAAGCUGCUAUGUUUACAGCUGCAGGCUUAAAAUGAGGGGGACCUGGCACCCAGACCACUUCAUUGAGCUGAAGUGGUCUAGGUGCCUAUAGUGGUCCUUUAAGUAAUCCUACAGUGCUCAUGAGGCCAUUGCCGUGCAUGCGCAUUAGCUCUCCCUCGCCAACAUCAGCCAGAGGAACGUGGGCGGAUCCUGACCCAGCGCCGAGGGAUUCAGGUAAGGGACUGAAGGGGUUUAAAGGAUCACUAUAGGGUAAGGAACACAAAUUUAUUCCUGACCCUAUAGUGUUAAAACCACUAUCUAGCCCCCUUGGGCCUCUCAUGCCUCCAUAAAUAUAGCUAAAUCUUACUGUAUUCAAGCCUGAAGCUGUAACUCUGCAUGCUGUUUGCCUCAGAAAAACAAGCAGUCUGCUGACAUCAUCAGAAGUGGUAGCCUUGUCCAAUCACAAUGCUUCCCCAUAGGAUUGGCUGAGACUGACAAAGAGGCAGAUCAGGGGCAGAGCCAGCAUGAUUCAAACACAGCCCUGGCCAAUCAGCAUCUCCUCAUAGAGAUGAAUUGAAUCAAUGAAUCUCUUUGAGGAAAGUUCUGUGUCUGCAUGCAGAGGGAGGAUAUACUGAAUGUUUGGAUGCAUUUUAGGCAGCCAUAAAGGAUCUCAUAAACCCACAUAAAUCCAUCCUUGCAAGCACGCUGCCUUGGCGUCGUACUUUAUUCUGGCCUCACCUUUGAGCCUCACAUCCAGUAUGUUGCCAAAUCCUGUAGAUUCCAUUUUAAAAACAUAGCCCGCAUCUGCCCCUUUCUUACGCAAGAUGCUACCCAUUGUACAGCGCUAUGGAAUUUGCUGGCGCUAUAUAAAUAAUAAAAAAAUAAUUACCAAGGAGCUUGUACAUGCUCUAGUAAUUUCCAACAUGGAUUAUUGUAACCCUCUCCUAAUUGGUCUUCCCAAAAGCUGUAUUGUCCCGCUGCAGUCUGUAAUGAAUGCUGCCGCCAGACUUAUUUCCUCUCUAGUCGGUCCUCUCACACCUCACCCCUCUGUCAGUCCUUACAUUAGCUUACUGUAUCCUAUAGGAGUCAAUUCAAUGUGCUAAUCCAUAUCUAUAAAGCACUGAACAAUUCUAGCCCCUCUUAUAUCUCUUCACAGAUCCAUAGAUAUACCCCUUCUUUGUCUCUCCGCUCUGCCCGUGACCUUCUCCUGUCCGCUGCUCGCACCAGUAUGGCCAACUCACGUUUACAGGACUUCUCGCGGGCGGCUCCCUUCCUAUGGAAUAGCCUGCCUACCGCCAUCAGACUCUCCCCUAGUCUUCAAUUGUUUAAGAAGUGCCUUAAAACCCAUCUCUUUAGGAAAGCUUAUGGCCUCCCAGAGUAACCUCUACUUCACAUACCUGUCUCUUGCUCUCUCCUAAAGGGCAGCACUCUCUCCUCCAGCUCUGCUUCACUCCCACCUUAUUUGAUUGCUAUUUCCUGUCCUAAUGUGUUUUAUUCCCAUACCUCCUUUAGACUGUAAGCUCGUAUGAGCAGGGUCCUCUUCAACUUGUAAUUUGUGUUGUAAUUGUCCUAUUUAUAGUUAAAUCCCCCCUCUUAUAAUAUUGUAAAGUGCUACGGAAUUUGUUGGCGCUAUAUAAAUGAUAAUAAUAAUUAUAACUUUCCCCCACAGACAUUAGCCGAGACUUAAUGCUGGGAGUGAACUGGUUUAAUGGGACAUGGUACACACAAUUUAUACACAGACCCCCAGUAGGGGGUCUCCAUACAAUUCAAUAAAGACUCCUCCCCGGAGUCUCUGUGUCUGGAAGAUAGUGUUUUCUGCUAAAACUAAUUAUCUCGAUUACUUCGGUGAAGUUUAGCUAUUACUUCACUAUUCACUACCGGCCCGGUAAGCAAAAUGGGAAUGCAGGGACAAAGUAUCUAUAAUAUCUAACUGUCCCUAGAAAGGCCAUAACUUGGGUCUUGGUACGGGGUGUGGGCCAGUUUGUGAUGGCCUUAAUUUUGGCAGGCUCUGGUCGUUGCUUCCCACACCCCACCCGGUGUCCUAGAUAUUGCACUUCUGCCAUGCCAAGAUGGCAUUUGUCAGGCUUCAAGGUCAGGCCAGCAGCUCUAAUUUUAUCCAGCACUGUCCCUACAUGGAUCAAGUGUUCCACCCAGGAAUCACUGUAGAUCGCUAUGUCGUCCAGGUAUGCACAGACGAAAACCUGGAAGCCAUCAAGUAGCCUAUCCACCAUGUGCUGAAAGGUGGCUGGGGCGUUCUUCAUCACGAACGGCAUGACCUAAAACUGGAACAUGCUGAAAAGGGUAAUGAAGGCCGACUUGGGGAUAGCCUCCUCGGCCAGGGGAAUUUGCCAGUAGCCUUUGCUAGGUCUAUCGUGGCCAGAUAACCUCCCUUGGCUAUGCGAUCUAGAAGUUCAUCCACCCAGGGCAUAGGGUAAGCAUUGGUAACGGUCUGAUUGUUUAGUCGCCUAUAGUCCACGCAGAAGUGGGUAGGUCCAUCCACGAGGACUGCAGGUGAAGCCCACGGCUGUCGGAAGCCUCAAUUACCCCUAAACGGAGCAUUUCUUGUAUCUCCUUCUGCAUUCCCUGCACUGACUCAGGUAAAAGGUAGGGCGGUUGUCUGAGUGGGGUCUGACCUGGGAUUUCCACUUUGUGUACUGCCAAAGUGGUGUACCCUGGUUCCUGGGAAAGGUCUGUCGCUUACUCUCUGGUAGUUGACAAGCCUGUUUGGUCUCUGAACUGGACUGUCAGUCCCCAAACUGUUUUUGAUCGAUGAGAUCGGUUUGGGGGUCUCCUUCUAGGAGAUCGGGCAAGAGAAGGUUGUCCGGGUCAUCAGAGGCUGGGGUGCAUACUGAGGCUACAUCUUCCUGCCUUUCCUUAUAUUCUCUCAACAUAUUAAUGUAAAAGGAGCGCUGUAUUUUCUCAUCUGCACAGCUGGCUACUACAUAGGUGGUAACGCAUAGUUGCUCCACCACCUUGUAAGUUCCCUGUCAUGCUGCCUGCAAUUUAUCUUUGACUGGCUUUAGUGCUAACACUUUCUGUCCCACACGAAAACUACGCUGUCGGGUAACCUGAUCGUACCAUAUUUUCUGUCACCCCAUGGCUGCCUGGAGGUUUUCUUUUACCAUUUUAGUCAACUGUUCCGUGCGGUCUCAGAGCUCUAGUACAUAUGGCACUAUGGGGUCCCCUCUCGCCCAAUUUCCCCUUCCCAGUGCUCCCUAAUGAUAUCGAGGGGACCUCGUACCCUUCUCCCAUAGAGUAGUUCGAAAGGGGGAAAACCGAGUGGAUUCCUGCGGUACCUCUUAAUAAGCAAACAAAGAAAUGCGGCAGGACUCUCUCCCAGUCUCUGAAAGUGGCGGUGAACAUUUUCAACAUUUGCUUAAGAGUGCCAUUAAACCGCUUGCAGAGACCGUUAGUCUGGGGAUGGUAGGAGGAACUCAAGAUGGGUUUUAUUCCACAUACCUUCCACAGCUGUAACAUCUGCUGUGAAUUGGGUUCCCUGGUCUGAGAGGAUCUCUCUGGGAAAACCUACCUGAGAGAAUAUCCGGACCAGUGCAUCCUCUAGAGUUUCUGUCUGGAUAUUAUUUAAGGCAACUGCUUCGGGAUAGCGAGUAGUGUAAUCCAAGUAUAUACUUUUUACCGGAGGGACUAGGUCUCGCUAGGGGUCCUGUUAUAUCGACCGCUAUCUGGUUGAAUGGUUCCUCAAUGAUCGGCAUAGACAGCAGCCGAGAUUUGGGGUGAUCAACGUUCUUUCCUAUUACAGGUUUGGCAGUACUGCCGAACAACCCUAGAGAUUCCCGUCCAAAAGAAGUUCUGGGUCACUCUAUGAGGUACAGGUACAUCGUGUCCGAUCUGUAAGAGUUCCAACCUGUACUUCCUUGGAACUACAAGCUGGCACUUCUGGGAUGGGGCUGCCCUUCUAGUAUGAGUCUCGGUUAUCCUAUAUAGGUUUCUGCUCCAGGAACUUCCAAUCAACCCAGUCUCCCAACACGGCUUGCUAUCCUGCUACCAAGUGUGAGGCAGCUCUAUGGAGGCAGCAAGCCUAUUCAGCAUAGGAGUCUUUAUCCUGCUUUCUCAAUUCCCUGAACCGCCUGCGAUAUGCCUCAGGGGUGACAGCAUACCUGGUUAGCAAGGCUUCUUUACUCUGUUAUACUGACGAAUCUCCCCAUCAGGUAUGGCUCGAAAUUCCUCAGCAGCUCUCCCUGAUAAUUUCCCAGCCAGGAUUGGUACCCAUUCAUCCUCUGGUACUUUGUGUAGAGCGUACCCAUCAAUCUCAUCCUCUGCCUCUUGGAAAGCUUUAAAUGCUGCAAAAGGUUCCUUCCCUGGUUCUGGCUGUGUGCUGGAUUUUGAGUAGGCGUAGUUGGUAUUCCCGCUUGUCUCUCGCUUCGGCAACUGCGUUCGCCAAUACUUGCAUGAUUAUUUCUGCAGGAGGGUUUGGCCCGAACAAGGCCAGGCGAAGCCGAAUAUCCCGCAUCUGUUCGGAUUCUUUCACGUUUGGUAAAACUGCUUCGGCAAGAGGGUUUGUUCAAUCCAGGUCCAUGAAUUUGGCAAGUAAAGCACAUUUUGUACGGUUGCUAGCAAUUUGUCCCCGGCUCUCCAGCAAGUCUUUUAGUGUGGAUCGCUCUAGCUGUUCGUAGCCAGCCUCCAUCUGCUUAUCUGCAGCUAGUUCCCGGGUUCAGUAUCCACUCAUGGCAAAAAGAACCGUCCCACCGGUGCCACCAGAUGUGGCGGCCAACAAGAUAGAGAUACGGGUCUCGCUGCCAAGGAUGUCCUUUUUCCUUUCUCUGGAACUCUGCUGCACCUGAGUCAGUGAUAUAGCUGCUAAGUGAUUAUAGCUUGCCAUGUGAUUAAGGCUCUGGAGUGAGUAUAGCUUUCCCCCACAGACAUUAGCUGAGAUUUAAUGCUGGGAGUGAACUGGUUUAAUGGAACAUGGUACACACAAUUUAUACACAAGCAGGGUAACAGACUCCUCCCCGGAGUCUCUGUGUCUGGGAGAUAAUUGCGUGUACUAUGCUUAAACUAAUUAUCUCCCAGGCACAAAGGUACAAUGCACAAAAUAUUAAACACCCCAAAACAUACACAAUAAUACAAGGGACCCCCACAAGGCUUAUAUCCCCGGAUAGCCUGGAUCUGAGACCCUAUAAUCAUGGGCGUAGGAACCGGGGGGGAUGGGAGGGACGUAUCCCCCCCAGCAAAUCAUGCGGGGGGGACUGGUUAUGGGGAAAUCCCCCCCAGCCCCGCCGGCCCCCCCAUGUUGCAGCCGCCGAGCGCUCUGUAGAGAGCCUCAGGCGGCUGCAGCUUUGCCCGGGCGGUGCGUCCAUGAGGGCGGACCGCACCGCCCGGGCGCAGCCUGAGGAGAGGGGCUGACAGGAGGAAAGCGCUCAGCGCUCCCUCCUGUCACUCCCUCUCUGUAGCGUGGCCGAGCCCAGUAUCAUGGUCCGCGGGUACAGGGAGCAUCUGUCUCCUGUACCCGGCCGGACUAACAGGAAGUGCACUUCCUGUUAGUCCUGCCGGGUACAGGAAACAAAAGCUACCUGUACCCGCGGACUAUACUGGGCUUGGCCACGCUAUAACUGAGGUGGGGGGAGGGAGAGAGUGACAAGGGAGGGAGGGGGAGAGAGUGACAGGGAGGGAGGGAGGGGGGAGAGUGACAAGGGAGGGAGGGAAGGAGGGGAGGACAAGGGAGGGAGGGAAGGAGGGGAGAGAGUGACAAGGGAGGGAGGGAGAGAGUGACAAGGGAGGGAGAGAGUGACAAGGAGAGAGAGUGACGAGGGGGAGGGAGAGAGUGACAAGGGAGGGAGGGAGAGGGGGAGGGAGAAAGAGAGUGACAAGGGGGAGAGAAAGAGAGUGACGAGGGGGGAGGAGGGGAGAAAGAGAGGACGAGGAGGGAGAGAGGGGAGAAAGAGAGGAGGAGGAGAGAGGGGAGAAAGAGAGUGACGAGGGAGGGAGAGAGGGGAGAAAGAGAGUGACAAGGGAGGAGAGAGGGGGGAGAAAGAGAGUGACAGGGAGGGAGGGAGGGAGGGGGAGAAAGAAGUGACAAGGGAGGGAGGGAGGGGGAGAAAGAGAGUGACGAGGGAGGGAGAGAAAGAGUGACAAGGGAGGGAAGAGUGACAAGGGAGGGAGGGGGAGAAAGAGUGACAAGGGAGGGGGAGAAAGAGAGUGACAAGGAAGGGGGAGAAAGAGAGUGACAAGGAAGGGGGAGAAAGAGAGUGACAAGGGAGGGAGAGAGAUUGACAUCCAUCACACACACACACACACAAUCGCGCAAUCAUGCAAACCUUACACACAGACGCACACACUGCAUCCCGUACAUACACAGAAACACACCUUGCAGCCCUUACACAUACAAACACAGAUUCACACAAUGCAUUCCUUACACACAUAUCACGACAUCCCCUACACACUCCACCCCCUGUGAACAAACUCAUAGGUGGAACAUGAAGGUGGACCCUGGGACCCAGACCUUGAGCUGUGUAAAGGGCCCCCAAAAAAUGGAGUUGCUUCCUGUUCUCCCAGAACAUUGAUUUUUGUGACCACAGUUACAAACAGCCUCCAGAGAGCCUGUUCUACACCAAACCAGUGGAGCCAGACUGCAGCUAGAGCCCAUCAUCAUCCUCAUCUGGUUGUAAGUAGGCAAUCUAGCAUAUUAUUUGUGGCACUAAUCUCUAAUUUACAUGGAUAGGGGUUCUAAUAUAAAUGGAAGGGGUAGAGACGGGUAGUAAAAUGUAUGGAAUGCAUUUCUGAAAGUGUCACUGAAUGGCAGUUAGGAAAUGUGGUCACCCUAAGUCAGGGGCAGUAUUACACAAUCUGUAUAUGUAUAAAAAAAUAUAAAAAGUAAUCUGCAAAGUACAAAAUGUUUGUGUCAUAUGUCGUGCUAAAAAUUAAGCUAGGAAUGUGCAUAUUUUUUAUUUUUUUAAAAUAAUUUUUAGAAUAAUGAUACAGACAUUUUAUUUCUUACAUUUGUGAUGAUUCUUUUUUCCUCUCUAUAUUCAAGGGACACUAUAGUCACCAGAACCACAACAGCUAAACGUAGUAGUUCUGGUGUCUUUGCAGGCUUUUUAAUGUAAGCACAGCCAUUUCGUAAAAAGGCAGUAUUUACAUUACUGAUGAGGAAUACCUCCAGUGGACACUCAGAUGGCCACUAGAGGUGCUUCCUAGUCGAGACAUGAAUGCCGCCCUAUGAAGUAUCUGCGCAUGUGCGGCAAAGCUGCACAUGCGCACCAGAGAGCAAUGACGCUUCUGAAUAGAAGCGUUUUAUUGCUCCCUGCUCGCACCCUCCUAUUUCGUUAUUUUGACGAAAUAUAGGGCGCAGCAUCAGGAGGAUCCCAGCGCUGUAUCCAGGUAAGUAAAAUCCCUUCCCUGUAGUGACCCUUUAAAGUUAUUAUUUAAUCAUUUAUAUAGCAACUGCAAAUUCCGUAGCGCUGUGCAAUGGGAUAAACAACUCAUAGUUUACGGAAUAAGAAUAUACCCGGCGAGUAAAAAUGCUAUCCCCCCAGAUUUUUUUGGGUUCCUACGCCCAUGCCUAUAAUAUACAUAUCCAAAUAGCGCUAAGAUCCCAUGAACACAGCCGAAUCGCAACUGGUGUAAAGUUUUGACUGACAGCACACGUGGCUUCUGCCUAAAAUAGUUCCAUAGGAAAAGUGGUAGCAGUCUGUCACUUAUGGGAGUCCCAAAACGAAAUAAACACUGAACAGAUGAUCUGGUUUCUAGGUAGUGAUUUAGUUUGUCCGAUUUCAGUUCCAUGCACCAGAUGACUGAACACCGCCUGCGUUCGUGCGAAAAUAUGGCUGCAACUCAUUUCCCACGUGUUCGUCCAUGCGAACAAUGGCCACCCUGCGGAACACUUGAAAUAACAGGGUGUGAAACAAUGAUGGAGGUGUCAGGAGAGGUCAACAGAGGUCAACUUUUCUCUGAAAAGCCAGUGUUUACAUUAAAACGCCUGCAGGAACAGGCUAUACUCACUAGAACAACUACAAUAAGCUGUAGUUGUUCUGGUCACUAUAGUGUUCUUUAAUAAUUAAAGAAUUGGGUUUCUCUGAACCCCUCCUACCCUUACAUGAAAUGGGGCAACUGAAGGAAAGGGUUACAUAAAUAAAAAAAAGAAAGGGCAACAUAUACAUGAUUUUUCAAAAACAGUUUUGCAAUCAGAGUUAACUUGUAGAACUAGCCUUUCAACUGUGACGAAGUAAUGCUCGUUGGACUGUAAGAGUUGAACAUUACAGCUCGCCUCUUCAUACAGGUAACAAUGAAUAUCUUCCUGGAAAUACUUCUCCUGCUGCUAACAUUCAUCUACUCGUACUUGGAAGCCUUUGUAAAACUUUUUAUACCCUUGAAAAGAAAAUCUGUGAGUGGUGAGAUUGUCUUAAUCACUGGCGCUGGACAUGGAAUAGGAAGGAUCACAGCAACUUUGUUUGCCAAACUUGAAAGCGUUCUGGUUUUAUGGGAUAUUAAUAAGGUGAGAAAAACUGCUUUACAAUACCUUAAAUAAUGACUUAUAAUGUCCAAUAAACAGUCGAAUAACCCACCGGUUUACCAUUCUUAAUUUCAUUAAAUGGGAAUCAUGCCCUAAUUUAGCAACCCAAUCUUUUAAAUUAAAAUGCUUGUAAAAAAAAAAAAAAAAUGUUCCCUGCAGGGCUGCAUGUUGUAUAAGUUAAUACAUGAUAAUUCUGUACAUUCCGUGCUUUGCAGUGUCUUGAUACGAGAGCUUUUCAAGUAUCUUUUUUUCAAAUCCUUGAACUGUAGAAUUCUGGCUGAUAAUGUAUAAAUAGCUUUGACAGAUCCAAAAGACAAGGAGCAAGAAAAGAGCUUUUGGACAGCAACAAGUAAGGAGCUAAGGAUCAGAUAAACAGUGCCACAAUAAAUAAAUAAAAGCAUGUUGAAAAUAAACAUGCAGAAAAAUUAACAUACUUAGAAUAUAGUAAUAUUUAUUUAUACAGCUCCAACAAAUGUCAGUGUUGGAUACCGUGAGUAAAGGACAUAAAACACAGCAGAUAAAUCACUAGAAACAUAACAUAGAAACAUAGAAUGUGUUGGCAGAUAAGAACCAGUCGGCCCAUCUAGUCUGCCCAAUUUUCUAAAUACUUUAAUUAGUCCCUGGCCUUAUCUUAAGUCUAGGAUAGCCUUAUGCCUAUCCCAUGCAUGCUUAAAUUCCCUCACUGUGUUAACCUCUACCACCUCAGCUGGAAGUCUAUUCCAUGCAUCCACUACCCUCUCAGUAAAGUAAUACUUCCUGAAAUUAUUUUUAAGCCUUUCACCCUCUAAUUUAAGACUAUGUCCUCUUGUUGUGGUAGUUCUCCUUCUUUUAAAUAUAGUCUCCUUCUUUACGUGUUGAUUCCCUUUAUGUAUUUAAAUGUUUCUAUCAUAUCCCCCCUGUCUUGUCUUUCCUCCAAGCUUUACAGUGAGGUCUAGUGAACUGAAAACCAAAUUGAAAAAUGUGGCAAAACCAAAUGAUUUUGAAACAUUCUCAAAGUCACAAGUGGACAUUUUAAGCUAAAUUUCACAAAUGGAUUUCAAUUCACUACAACACGAGAAAUGAAAAACAAAAUAGCUCUUCAAGCAAUUUAAAGGGAUAAAGGAUGGGUGAAGGACAGGUGACUUUUAGGGUAUUUAGUAGACUAAGGGCAAAAGGGGUGUGCUGUUUAGAUUGUGGCUAUUUAUCUUCCAACAAUGGAAAGUAAAGAUUCAGGGCGGUUGGGCAGAACUACAGGGGUCUUUUCCAAUGACAGGCAACAUGAUGAUGGACAAGAGGAUGGAUUAGCCUAAUGAAGGGAUGUGUUAGACUGAAAUCCUUCUGGCAGGCUCACAACCUGUAGGACCACAAAAAAAGAGUUGCUGAAGAGCUGCUGAAACUCUCUUUGCAUGGUCCUAAUGCUCACUUUAAUUAUGCCCUUGUGCUGUGCUCUCUGAGGACAGUGCUCUAGUGUCCCCAGAUGUGGUCAGGAUGACAGGACAGGACCCUAAAUUAGAAAGGUGUGACAUAUCGCUGGCCUAUGGAUAUUAUGGUGGUUAGUAGUGCAGGAAUUAGUAAGACGUGUUAAAGAAAACCUUUCAAUGAGCUCUUACUUAUAAUGUGUUUUGUGUUAACCCUUUCCUCUUUUUUUCUUUUUUAUUAAUUGAUGUUACCUGAAUUUAUUAAAACUUUAUGAUGGCAUUUUUAGAAUUGUAUAUUUUUAUGAUCUUUUCAUAGCAACAGAGAAUGAUCGAUCAAUGGUGGAGAUUCUAUUACCUGUAAAUACAGAUUACAUUAUAGUGUAUGGUAGUAUUUAAAGAUAUAAUUAAUGAUGGUGUCCCAUGCAGCUAUGAUUGUGCCCAUGUGAAUAAAUUCUAAAAGCCCUACAUCCUCUAGGUAAUCAUUCAUGUUGUUUAUAUUUUUAUCCUUUAAAAAAAAAUAAUAAAAGUGCAAAUUUCAGUUACUUCAUAUAUGCUACAUGCACUGUAAUCAGAUAAUUAUCACGCUAUUGUAUUCCGAAUGCAUAUCGCAUAACUCAUUGCACGACAAAAUAAGGAAUUUAAAUAAAAUAAAAAAAUGUUUCUAAAAGCCUGUUGGGCAUUGUUUGCAUAGUCUAUUAAAUCUAGAAUAGUGAGAAUAUUUUUAGAGCAAACCUAGACCCAAAUAAGGAAAUACACCAGUGAACAUUCAUAAUAUCAAAUAAACCGAGCCCUGGAGUUUUAGUGAGGUGUGAGAAGUGUCUUUUGGAAUGCCAUUGAAAAGGUUAAACAUUUUAAAGAAAUAUCCCAAGCACCAAAACCAUGACAAUGUCCAGUUAUUAUCAGGACCUUAACACAUGUUAUGCUUCCUGCUAUUCCUAGUAUUGAUUGUCUCACUGUGUAAGCACUGUUGCCAAUUAUUAAAACGUGCCUUUUAUAUACUAUUACUCUUCCAGCCCUUAGACUAUUGAAUGUUUAUGAAAACAAACUCCCCAUCGCUAUAGGUCCUAUAUAAAGCCUUAUCUGUAAUACAUACACACAAUACUAUCAGACAGUCCAAUCAGACAUGCGUUUGUAUGAUAACUUGAAUAUCUUUGAACUAUGGCUCACUGAUCUACUAUCGAACUUUGUGCUAGCUUUAUUAUGCUAAGUUCAGAGGAAUUGAACCUUUUUAAUCACAAUGCCUUGUAAUUGUGAACUCUGCUCAUAAUUGUUUACAUUGUUUAUGCUAUAUACACUCAGACACCCAAUGCUAUGAGCAAGAUAAUUUUGAUGACUGCUCCCUUGAUACGUAAUUGUAAAUUAUUCUAUCUUUAGUGUAAAAAUGAUCUUAAUUAAGAAAUUCAUAUUUUGCUUAAAGGGACACUAGUCACCAGAACAACUACAGAGAAAAGGCAGUGUUUACAUUGCUCCUAGGGACACCUCCAUGUGGCCACUCCUUAGAUGGCCACUGGAGGGGCUUCCUGCCUUAGGGCUGCACAGUAAGCAGCCCUGACGUUCAGUGUCCCCACGCUCUGCAUGGAGACUCAGAAUUUUCCUCACAGAGAUGCAUUGACUCAAUGUAUCUCUAUGAGGAGGUCCUGAUUGGCCAAAACGGCAUUUGGCCCCGACCCCGUGCUGAUUUUAUAGGGAAAGCAUUGGAUUGGCUAAAAAUCAGCCAUUAUGUCACAAAGGGGGUGGAGCCAGCACCAGCAGACCCACACGGCGCUGGAAAUAAGGUGUGUUUUAAACUUUAAUAGGGGGCUAAGGGGGGGCAAGCCACCUAUAUGGUGGAUUAAACACUAUAGGGUCAGGAAUACAUGUUUUUGUUCCGGACCCUAUAGUGAUCCUUUAACACUUUCUUUACUAAAAAAAAUUUAGCCAGUAACACAUUAACCAAUCAAAAAUAAGAUAUGAAUACUAAAAAAAAUAAGCUAUAAAGACUAAAAACUUAAAGUCUGUAAAAACAAGGGACUCAAAAAAAAACAAAACAACAGCGCCAAAAGGGAAACUGAAGGAAUAACCACUAAUGAAGAUUUCAACUCAUUUAGGACACCAACCACAAUGAAAAUCCUUGAACUGUAAGUUGUACAAAAGGUCACACUGAAAGAAAAGAAAAUAGGUGAAAAGGACUUGAAUAAGAAACACAUAAACUUGCAAACAUGUAUUGUAAUAAUAUAAUUUGUUAUGAGCAAACACAUGAUUCUUAAAUGUGCAUAAAUAUGCAAUAGAAAAUUUAUAUAAGACCCAUCCGCAAUUACAUAUCUAAGAAAAAUAAACAAACAAUCAAAACAAGAUGUAUCAAAAAGUAAUCCAGAAAGGGAAGGGAGGGAAACUAUUUGCCUUCUGCCAAGAUCAUUUAUACACAGUGCCUCAUACUGAAUGUGCACCAAAAGAAGCAACAGAACUUUCUAAAGAUAACAGCCAGCCAAGUUUUAACUGAAACCGGUUGUUUAUGAAGACGGACAUAACAUAGUAGUUGUUAACACAAUAAAGAGGAUCGAUGAGGCACCAUAACUGAAAUAUAUCACAGGAGAGUAGGAAGCAUACAUAGUUUGGAUUCAACCAGUACAAAUUGGUAUAAAAAAAAUGAUAGAACAAUCUGAUUUUGUAGGAUGCACAAUAAGAAUAGUCACCUCCUCAGCCAGGGAAUGUAGAAAGUAUUAACAUCAGGUGCGGACCCUAUGAAACUAGACACAAUAAUAACGGGAACUACCCAGAAAGUUGACAAAGUGAUAAAUUCUUGUUGCCAAUUGUGUAAAAAACGCAGAACUAGAUUAACAUCUUGAAAAUAUGAAUAUUUGGGGACUGUGGGACAAGACAUACCAAUACCUUGCAUGAGAUGACACAGUUGAAAUACCUUGAACCAGAACAUGGGCCACAGAAAUGGCAGAACGCAUGACAUUAAUGGAGUGAUAGAAAAAAAUAAGACGAAAAGAUAAAAAAAGACGGUGGGGAAAUUGUAGAAUAGCUAGAACAGAUGCAGUGAAAGGAUCAAGGCCCCUUUCCAUAUACUGACACCAUAAGUUCAAGGCUGAGAGGUAGCAUUUCCUUUUGCCUUGUGCCCAUGAAUACUAAAGGAGGUCUUUAACCUCCUGUAAUAAUGGCUUCAACAUUCCAUAAACCCGAGAAAGCAUUCAAACCACGAGAUGGAGGUGGUCCUGAAGAACUAGCAUAUGGGGUUAACUUGAGGAUCCAUUGGCCAGAGUUGAAAAGAUGGAAUUAGUAGGGGAUCCAUGUAAUACAUUGCUUUGAUCCCUAAAGUGUUACUCCAACCAUCAUACCACUCCUGCUUUCAGAAGUGGUUAUGGAAGUAGGAGUCUAUAUGUGUUUCUGACUAAAAUGUUGACAUUCUGAGAUAUUUUCACUUUUGUGCUGUGGGACUAGUUCAAAACCAGCACACAUAACUAAGGCAGCCCAGAACUUUCAGCAUGUAUGUCCCUUCUCACCCUCCCUGCUCUAAAUUAAGUCCCCCCCAGCAAUCGAUGCUUCCCUAUAGCCAUAUAGUAUAGGUAGUAUGCUUUAUCUGGUUUGAGCAGUGGUUUAAUCAUGCCUCAUACUUCUCACAUAUUCUAUUGAAGUUUGCCAAAACCUCUGCAUGUUGAGGGCUAUACUGUGAGACAUUUGGCUUCUCGGCCAUAUUGGGAAUAAAGAAAGCCCAGGCAGCCCACUGGCUCAUUGUGCGCUUCUCCACCAAUAUGGAAAAACAUGCUCAUCUUUGUCGACCAAGAUAAUCCCCACCGGUCCAAGCAAGAGCCAAUAAGUCGAGGAACAAAGAUUUUUUUUUUUUUUUAGAAUCUUUAUUUUAUUGCGCAAAGAAAAAGGUGUUACAGGACAGAUAAAACAGUAGCCACAUCGGCUUAACAAAUGUCGUUGCAAAAUUCACAGGCUUUAGUAUUUGCGCAUUUUUUCCCUUUGUCCCAUUUGUAACAUUGUGUAACUUGACAGGGUAGUAUUCUAGUGAAUCCAGGUAAAGAGCAUAUUACCGACAUUGGUCGGGGGGUAUGGGUUCGGCUCGUAGGGUUGUACCUUUCGAUGUGGUAGAGCCAGGACGGAGAGGAGGGCGGGUGGGAUGAAGGUCGUGCAGGUAAUAUAUGGGUCGGGUGAGGGUGGCAUUUAGGUAUCUCUAACGCUCUAGGUAGGUCAACCAUGGCUGCCAGGUUAGAAUGUAUGUGUUGUAGUGGUUCGAGUAUGAGGCGUUUAAUUCUUCCAUGGUCCGUAUGAAUUCCACCUUCUGUAUCCACUCACGUACUGAUGGGACCCCAGUGCUUUUCCACUUAAGUGGUAUCAGCAUGUUCGCUGCUGUCAGCAUAUGGUUUAUGAGUUUGCGUAGGUGGCUUGGCAUGUGGGUGGUGUGCAUGAGGAAUAAGAAGGUUUCGGGGGAGUGUGAUACUUGGUAACCCGUGAUAGAUGUUAUUAGGCUUCUUAGUCUCUGCCAAUAGGUUUGACUAGGCAGGCAUAGCCACCAAAUGUGUGCCGUGGUUCCUUUGGUUUGCCCGCAUCUCCAACAUAUAUCAGGUACUGUUGGGAAGAGUGCAUGGAUCUUGGUAGGUGAGUAAUGCCACCUGGAUAUCCUUUUGUACGUGCUUUCCCUUACUGCUGUGCUGACAGAUGAUUUAUGUGUGUGCGUGAAGAUCCUAUGCCAUGUUUCCUGAGGAAUAGUGAUAUUUAGCUCACCUUCCCAUGCUGACGUGAACGCCGGCAAUAGGGUGUGACUUGAAGUGCUUAGGAGUCUGUAGAAAAUGGACAGGUGUUUGGUCUGAAGGCUGUGUGUGGUGCAGUAGGUCUCAAAGGUGGUGUGUGCCCUUGUUCCUCGAAUGAAAUGUGGAUCCCCCUUCAAGAAGUGGGACAAUUGGGCGUAUCGGAAGUGUUGUUUGGUAGUAGGGUGGUCUGUUGUGGCCAGUAUAGACAGCGGAGCCACUCCCGUUGGGGUCAUAACUGUACUAACCAUCGGGUAUCUCGUCUUUUGGACCAAUGGAAAUUGGGAGAAGAAGUGUGGGCAUGUGCCCGGUAGGAACUUUGGAUUGUGUGCCAAGGGAUAUAGCGGUGAGGGGUGUGGUGAGACGUCUUUCUGGGGCCUAAUGCGCGACCAUUGGCGUAGUGUGGGUAUGAUCGUUGGGUGUUGUGAGUGUUGAGGCAGGAGGAGUGUGUGUCCCUUGUCAUGCCAUGGGAUUGUGCAUAGAGGGGAUUGGAACAUUGAGCUUUCUAUAUAUGCCCAUUGCUUCAGCGGGGGCUCUGCGGUCCACUCGUAUAUUCUGGUUAGUAUACUCGCUUGAUAGUAGCGUUCCAUGUGAGGUAGGCCUAGGCCCCCCCUUCCCCUAUGUCUGGUCAGAAUCGUGUACGCUAUUCUCGGGCGUUUAGUCGCCCAUAUGAAGGUUGUGAAUAUUUGUUUAAGCUUGGAGAAAAAGGAGGGGGGGAUCGCAAUGGGGAGUGUUUGUAGGAGAUAUAACACCUUUGGCAAUGUAUUCAUGUUCAAUAUAUUGAUCCUACAUAGCCAGCUAAAGACGGGUCUCUGCCAGUUUGUUAGAUCUUUUGAUAUCUCGGUGAGUAGUGGCAUGAAGUUUAGAUCGUAUGCUUGUUUCAAGUGUCUGGGUAGAUGGACCCCAAGGUAGGUGAUGGACCUUCUAGCCCACGCAAAAGGGUACGCGGUUUUAAGUGUGUUUUGUGUUUGUCUGUCCAGUUGGAGGGGUAGGAUUUCACUCUUUGUGUAAUUGACCUUAAAGUUGGAGAACUUGGCAUAUGUCGUCAGUUCGGCUAUCAGUGGAGGCAGGGAGGUGAGCGGGUCGGUGAUGGAAAAUAGUAGGUUAUCUGCAAACGCAGAUACCUUGAAUUCUUGUUGGUGAACUUUAAAGCCAUGGAUGGUGUUGUGGUCCCGUAUUCCCUGUAGGAAGGGUUCUAGGGUGAGAAUAAAGAGUAAAGGGGAGAGAGGGCAACCUUGUCUCGUGCCGUUCUUUAUGUGUACCGGACCUGACAGUUGGCCGUUUAUUCUCAAUUUUGCCGUUGGGUGAGAGUAUAUGGCUCCCAUCCAUUGCAUCCAGUUUGGACCAAAGCCCAUGGCCUGGAGAGUGGUAGUCAGCAUUGUCCAGUCUACUCUAUCAAAUGCUUUUUCAGCAUCUAUAGAUAGUAGUAGGCUUUGCCCUCGUGUGGUUCGGGAGAGAUGGAUGAGGUUCAGUACUUUAGUUGUGUUAUGUUUGGCCUCUCGUUUAGGGACGAAACCGGAUUGAUCAGGGUGGAUUAAGGUGUGUAGUAUAGGUUGUAGACGCAUGGCUAGGAUUUUCGUACAAAUCUUCAAGUCUACAUUUAUGAGCGAGAUUGGGCGGUAGCUGCCGCACUCUUUGGGGUCUUUACCGGGUUUUGGCAGCAAAGUGAUAUGGGCCUCCAAAGCUGAUGCCGGGAGUGGGGCUGGAUGGGUAAGAGCAUUAAAUGCCCGUAGAUAUGGUUCAGCCAAGAGUGUAGCGAAUUGUUUGUAGUAUUUGGCUGUGAGGCCGUCAGGGCCAGGGCUUUUGCCUAGUGGUAUUGAUUUUAUCGCGCAAUUUAAUUCUUCAGUGGUAAUGGGCAUGUCUAUGGACUGUGCCACGGCGUCAGGGAUUUUAUUUUUUAGCCUGGUUGAUAGGUAUCUUGUUAUGUCGUUUAUAUCUGGAGGUGACUCCCUGAGGUUGUAAAGUUUGGUAUAAAAGUGUUGGAAGGCUUUCAUGAUGUCCGGGAGGGUAUGUGAUAUAGUGCCCGUUUGUGUUUUGAUUUUGGAGAUGUACGUGUUUUGCCUGGACUGUCAUAGGGCAUUGGCUAGUAGUUUGCCACAUUUACCUCCCUGUGUAUAGUAGGAGUGCCUGGUAUGGAGGAGCUUUUUCUUGGCCUGGUGGUGCAGUAGUUGUGUCAGUUCUGUGCGUUUGGUUAUGAGGGUAUUAUAGGUUGAUAGGGAACUAUCCCGGGUCUGAGUAUGUUCAAGGACUCUGAUUUCUCGUGUGAGUGUGUCUAUUUUCUGUGUUCUCCUUUUUUUGAGAGUGGCCGCUAUUGCUAGGAAUUCUCCCCUUAUGACGCAUUUGUGCGCUUCCCAAGUGGUCAUGGGGGAGAUGGUUGGUAGCGUGUUUUCUUGGAAGUAGUUGGUAAGUGCAGUUGUCACACGAGUUGUGAUUGUGGGGUCAUUGAGGAGGAAAUCGUUAAGUUUCCAAUGAAAGGACGCCAGUGGGAGCGUAGGGAUCUGUAUGACUAGGGAUAGAGGUGCAUGGUCUGACCAGGUGAUUGGACCGUAGGAGCAGGAGAUGGCCAGAUGCAGGUGAUCUUGGGGAAGGAACAUCAUGUCUAUCCUGGAGUAUGAGCGUGAGGCUGAGGAGUAGAAGGAGUAGUCUCUAUCUUGUGGGUGUGUGGUCCUCCAGCAGUCAAAUAGUCUAGCUUGGUCAAGGAGGUGUGUUAUCUGUUUCCUUGCAGCAUUUUGGUAUUGUGUGGAGUGGGAGGUCGUGUCAAGGGCAGAGUCUAAGGACAUAUUCAGGUCACCACCCAUGAUCAACAUGCCUUCCAUAAAGGAUUCAAUUAUAUUAAGAUACUUCUUGAGGGCUUUGCCUUGGUGUCGGUUGGGUAGGUAUAAGUUAGCAAAUGUAAGGACGGUCUGGCCUAUCUGUCCCUUUACCAAGAGUAGCCUGCCCCCAUCAUCAGUUUUGUGAGCCUUGUAGGUGAAAGGAGUGUGUGCUGCAAAGAGUAUGGCUACCCCCCUGGCCUUGGCGUGACUAUAGUUACUAAAGAAUCCUGUUGGGUAUGUCCUGCUCUUGAGAGUGGGCGCACUGUCCUUCUUAAAGUGAGUUUCCUGUAGGAAGACCACGUUAGCUCGUAGUUUGUGCAUCUCUGUAAGAGCUAUGGAUCUUUUCUCGGGCGUAUUGAGGCCUUUAACAUUGAGUGUGACUAAUUGUAUGGUAGCCAUCAGGUCUGGAUACGUUCGUAGGUGUGCCAAUGAGAGUGUCUGUGGGUGAGGGGGGGAUGUUUGGAGGGGGGGGAUUUGGUCACCUGGAGGGAGGAGCAAAAGGGGAAGGAAAGCAAAAGAAAAAGAGAAACAACAAGAGGAGAAAAAUAUAGAACAAUUAACUUAUAUACAAGCGAAAAAUCUAUAAAUAGAUCGGAGUAGAAACUGUCCCCCGAGAUUGCUAGGAGGCACCGGUUGAACACCGGGCGUCAGCCAGCAGUCUGAGGGGAGACCUCUGGUGUCGGGCCCAGAGUGGGACGUUGCCACCUGGGACUUUUGUGACACCGUGGUAUAGGUCGUGUCGACCUAGUACAAUGCAAGUCGUCUAGUAAUCAUACGAUAGUAUGCAAAUAGAGAUGGGGGACGGAGGUGAUCUCGGGCGACUGGUGUCAGCCAGUGACUCUCGUAGGAGAGCAACGGGAGUAAGAGUCAUCAACUGUCGCCGCCAGAGCACACACCCGUAAAUACAUUCCACAACAUAUCAGUUAGUUAGACAUCUUAGAUGAGGAGGCUAUAGAAACAGUAUAAACAGCGUUAUUCUAGAUAAACUUUUUUUUUUUUUUUUUUUUUGUGGGUGAUGCGUUAAUGAUAUGUCUAAACUUCUGUUGGUGGGCCAAUAGGAAAGAUCCCGGUAAUGUGCAGCAUUUACCUGCCGCCAGCCUAGCCAUUGGGUCUGCAUAGUGAGAGGGAGAGGUGGAAGCCGUAUAUCAGGACUGUAUAUUUGCCUGCUAUGCCGCUGCCGGGGAUGGUAAGUGUCGCGGGAAAAUAAGCGAGAUUACCCUGUUGAAUGUUAUUCCUGCUGAGGUCGCGGACAUUGCGACAGCUGGCUGGCGUUAUAGGGAUUGGCAUUUAAGACAUUUUCGCUCUGUAUCAUACCCAAGGGGGGUUCAUCCCCUAGCAACAUGGGUUUAGCAUUAUAUGGAUACGGUCACCUGGUUCUUAAGAGAGUCCUGAUAGCCCCAAGUGGAGAUGGCUCCGAGGAGCGUUAACAAGUCUCUGGCAGCGUGUUAGAGAUGGUCAUCUCAGCAUGUCCCUUGGUUGUUCGAGUUGGGCUUCCUUUAGCAGCUGGUGUCCCGGAGAUGGCAGCUGCUAGUGGAUCAUAUAGCCUUGGCUGGUAGCAGGUCGUAGUGUGUGCGCAGGGUUGGAAUCUUUUCAGUGUAGCGACAGGUCUUGGGUAUCUGAUCUUUUCUUCUUGGGCGUUUGUUGCCAUCGGGAUCUCUGCGGCAGCUGAGGUGGAAGUGGUGUUUGCAGCGGUCCGUACCAGUCCAUGAUGUGUGGGUCUGUGAGGUUGAGGGCUUGUGUAAAGAGUGGUAUGUCCGCAUGGGAGUGUAUCGUGUGCUGAGUGCCCUUAUACGUGACACUCAGUGCCAGUGGGAAUCCCCACCUGUAUCUUAGGUUUCUGGAUCUUAAUUGGUCCGUAAUUGGUCGCAGAAUCCGUCUCGCUUGUAGUGUCAGCCACGAGAGAUCGGGGUAGAUGGUUAUUGGGGCAUCAUGAAAUAGCAUAGGUUGUGAGGUCUGUUUCAGCGUGUGCAGUAUAUCUUCCCUGCAUGUGUGAAUGUGUGAUAGUGAAGCCUGCAAAUGACAUCUCUGGGCUUGUCAGUCGCUAUACCUCUGGGCUUCAGUGCCCUGUGUGCUCUAUCUAGUAGGAUGUGAUGGCUUACCCAGAAUUAAGUUGAAUAGUUCAUUCAGCGUCUGGUAGAUAUCUUCUUGUUCGUUUUCUGGGAGACCUCUGAUCCUUAGAUUGUUGCGGCGCCCCCUGUUGUCUAGGUCAUCCAUGGACCUAUGAAGCGUGGACAGGUAAGUGUUCUGGUGUUCCACUGCUGCCUGCAGGGAGUUCAGCUGCGUAUGCAUAGUAUCUCGGUCAUCUUCCAGGGUGCUCACUCUGUCAGCUACUUGGCGAAUUUCAGAGUUAAAUGCAUCCAUUUUGGCUUGGACUGAGGCCUCUAGCUGGGUCAGCAUGCCUGCAAUGUCCUGUUUGGAGGGCAGAUUUCUGAGGAUGUCCUUCAGGUCCCCGUCCGUCGGGGGGCCCGAAAUUUCCGAGUCUGCUGGGCUGGAGGGGGACAUACAGAGAGGUGAGGAGUAUGCCGCCAUAUUGGGGCCUAGUGCGCCCGCAUUACUAUCCGCCCGGUCGCGGAAAUACUUAGUGAAAGCGCUCGAUUUACCCGAUGGGGUUUUGCUGGAGGCUUGCUGGGAAGAUGCAGCUCGUUUUGGGUGACCCAUCUUUCGUUUUGUGGCCCGAUCUGGUUGGGUGUGUGUCUGGUGCCGCCGGAGCUGAUUUAGAACGCGGCCAUGCACCAGCUCGGUCGGCUCCGCCCCCGAACAAAGAUUUUUUGUCAAUCUCUGUUUUAUUAAGGCUUGAAUCAUGAAGAUAGAAAAGUAUUGUGACAACAGCACCACUAUAAAACAAUCAGUAGCGAUACAUUGGAAGCGAUAAUACAUACAUAACCAUCUUAAUCAAGUGUCAGCAUAUAACAGGAGAUGGAUAAGGCUAUGUGGUUGUUUGGUCUGUGGCCUGUCCAACAAUAAACUAGCUGGUCUCAGUCUGUUUGUCAGUCAGUUUGUUUUUUUAAAGAGAGAGGGACUUAUUGUGUCCAGACAGCAGACGUUACCUUGUGUAAGGGACUGGCAUGGCAUUCCACACUCAGGAAUAGGCAAGUUGUGAGAAUAAGCAGCGUAACAUUAUGAGUAAGCUAGUGGAGUUUAUUGGUAGGGCGGAUAAAUGCUAUAUUAACCUGCCCUCCGGUAUAACACUAAUCAGACUAAUAAUGAAAUGAUAUGUAGUAAAUAAUAGUAUAUGGCACUCUGGGGCUAAUGGACAGAAGUGGAACAUGAUACAAGCAUAGAAAUGAGCAACAAUAAAAGAUCAUCCGACACCCCACACUGGCAAGCUUCUAUAGUCAGUCCUAAUGCCAGGUUGAAUCAUCAAACUUUGUCUCUCUCCAGAUCAACGUCGACCCCUCUGUCCUUCAUAGCGUUGUAGAUUGUGUGGUACGGCUUGUAGUCGGCUGCGUGUAGUUCCUUUUCCCCCCACUACCACACGUCUUUGGUCCGAGGCUUUAAGGGGCACCUGUACCUUGUGUCCUCAUCAGGAUCGUGGACCCACAAGAUCUCCAGAAACCAGUUGUCCCCCUGGGUGUAUGGAUGGCUAAGGAGGAAUACCUCCAGUUGGGCACCUAGCUAGCUCAGAAGAAAUGCGAGCAGUCUGGGCUUCAGCUACAUGCUUGUCAUGAAGUGCUGGUGGGUUAGGGCUUUAGGCCAUACUGUUCUCCGACCUGGAGGCAAGAAUGGUCUCAGCAAGAACCUGCAUGGCAGGAGAUGAAGGCAGUUCCGCUGGGGCCAUGCGGGAUUCUAUCCGGUUCUAAAAUGCUGUGCAGAUUGCAUCAAAUGUUGCAAGGAACUUGGUCUCCCAAUUGCUCACAGAUGAUUCCGUCUGUGUGUCAGCCAUUUUGACCAUGCCACGAGGGCUUGCUGUGGCUAGGCAGCCUUUCACUGUAGUGCUGUUAGUGGGAUAUCCCCCACCGAUCCUGGGGGGGCAGGGGAAUGGAGAAGCUGUGACACCCAUAGUCCCAGGCUGGGAGAGCUGUCGUUUCUCGCCUCUGUGGGUCCCUCCAGGUGAGUAGGCCCAGUAGCCGUUGCAGGCCGCCAGAUAGACAGCGCCACUCAUAGACUGCUCUAACGUGCAUCCCCGUAGUCAAUAAGUAGUCGCUGGUGUUUUUCCAGGGAUCGCCACUUUGUCGUAAUCCUAUAUUUUAUAGGAGUUGUGCGAGGAGCUCUUACUAAACAUGUCCGGCGGCCAUGAUGGUAAGGCCACUUUCCAUUAUUAUGUUUUUAUGAUGUUACACUAACAGACACUCAGUACAAACAUUCACAUACAUCCAUAGACAAAAUAUAGUAUAGAUACACUUGUAUACAUACACAUACUAGUAUACAUACAAAAACAAAACAACUGUACUCAUACAAAGACACAUACCUACAAACAAAUGUACAUAUCCAUCCUUUAUAACUGAAUUAUCUCUCGAAACAUCCUUCCCCUGCUGCUUGCAUAUCUCUGGGAACUCUAAUUCCCAUGUAUGUUUGCAAAUUGCUGCAGUUAUAAACUUUUCAAGUAAAAACUACUACUAAUUCUAUCUUUUAUCUUUUGGAUUUUUUUAAUCUAUUCUCCAUUAUUUUAAAUCUAACUAGAAUUAUUAGAUCAACGUUUAAUAACUUUCUAAUUUUAGGGAAUCAAGGAGAGUAGGGCCAAGAGGGAGAGGGGCCAGCAGCUAGGGCCCAAAGCAUAGAUAGACAACCGGAGCCAGAUAUUUCCAAAGUGGAGGCGAUGACCCACAUAACUUGCACAUAACCCCCAAGGCAGACGAUAGACCCAGGCUCUCCAGGCAGUUAAUGCAAAGAGCAAAUCCAACCAUCAGACAAAAAUAAGUACUUUACUACUUCAAUACACAAACCGCGACACUGACUAAAAAGCCUAUGUAGGGCAACACAACACUAGAAAAACCUAAGUGAAGCAAUAAGGGUGGGGACCCACCAGGUCGAGAAGCAUAGCUUCAACCCCCAGGGCACAGAGACGCAGUGCCUAGCCAUACCUAAGGCAGUACUACUGACUGUAUAUACUUUUGUUGUUAUUGUUAUGUUCAUUCCUGUUUUUUCAUGUUCUGUUUAUUGUACCCCUUUAAAAACGGAAAACACGAGGGGACACAUAAGCGUUACCACACUUACACCUCUCUCACACAGAACUCACAAACUCCAAGAGACCACUACUUGCACGAACUUCCUGCCGGCUCUGGCGGCGCCCAGAUCCUUUAGCAAAACAGGGGACCCAUCACUCGGCUUGUUAACGCUGGGGAGAGUGUUGGACCCUGUAGAAAUAGAUAGCAUGAUACAUCAAAAGCAUCAGCGCGUUACAAAACCAUCGUGAGAAUAUGUACUUACAAUGUACGGGGACUUAAUAUCCCUGAAAAGAGACAUUUGUUAAACAGGGACCUCACAUCACAACACGCUGAUAUAGUGUGCCUACAGGAGACACACUUUAGGCACAACGAUCACCCCACUAUUCAAUCUCUCCACUUCCCGCACCAGUAUCACGCCACCUCACCCGCUAAAUGCAGAGGAACCUCCAUCCUCCUAAGCAAACACUUGAAUUUUCAACCACAAUAUCAUGAAACUGACGCAAACAGCAGAUAUGUCAUAGUAAAGGGAGUAAUCAAUGAUAUGCCCUACACAAUAGUAAACAUCUAUGCAACAAAAGUAAACCAACAAAACUUCGUCCAUAGCAUCCUUAAAAAAGUAAGCAAUAUACAACAAGAGAUCACAGUGAUAUGCGGGGAUUUCAACCACAUAUUAGACUUCAAACUGGACACCACUCUAUCACAACAGAGUAGUAGACACCGACCACUAAGGAGACAAUGUAAGGCCAUCCCUAAACUCAUAAAUGAAUACCACUUCUACGAUGCAUGGCGCAAAACACACCCAGGAGAUAAAGCAUUCACCCACUUUUCCAAUGUACACAACUCAUACUCCCGGAUAGAUGGAUUUCUCCUAUCAGGUCCACACUUAAAUCAACUGCACACUUGCGACAUACAACAGAUUACGUGGUCCGACCACGCACCAGUGCUCCUUGACAUGAAAAACAUGUAUGACUAUAAGCACCAUAGCCCAUGGAAACUCAACGACACAUUACUCCAUGACAGGGAUUGCACGGAGGAACGAACAGCAGACCUAAAAUCCUACUUUACACUAAAUAACAUGGGAGAGGUAACACCAACAACGGUCUGGCAGGCUCACAAGACAGUAGCCAGGAGACUACUAAUUAGAAGGGCAGCAUAUCUCAAAAAACACACAAACACUAAGAUCAAAAAAUGGCAACAAGAAUUGUAUGACCUAAACACACAAAAUCAAAUAAAACCGCUAGAAACCAACAAACAACGCAUCACAACUAUAACCAGAUUAAUACACCAACAGGCCCUAGAGAAAACACAAGCAAACAUGACAAAACUAAAAAUAACCCACUACAUACAGGGAAACAAAGCCCAUCUCAAAAGAAACAAGCAAACCAAAAAAUUUCUUACAUACUAGAUAACAAGGGCCAAAAAUGCAUUACACCUAGAGAAAUAAGCGAAGAAUGUCUUAAAAAUGUUGUUGCAAUCCAUUCACCCCUUUACACCCUUCCCUAGGGGAGACGAACAAAACCCAAACUAUGAACCUCUACACCAGAGGGAAUACUCCCCUCCCUAUUUUUCUUUCUGUACCCUAAAUUGAAAAUGCUCAAUAAACAGUAAAUUGGAAGAAAAAAAUAACUUUCUAAUUUUAAACGUUUUCUCAGAAUGGUGUAGAUGAAACUGCAAGAGAGUGCAGGAAGCUUGGUGCAAAAGUGUACGCGUAUGUGGUGGACUGCAGCAAACGGGAAGAAAUCUAUGCAACUGCUGCCAAGGUGAAAAUGCAAUGCUACUCAACAGAUUUGAAUGCUAGCCUUUCUUUAGAACUUACAUCUUCUAUUCCCCUUAUUAAUUGUGUAGCCUGCCUUAUAGUGUCAUAAUAACAUUCUUUAGAACAUAUGCCCACAAUUACAUGAACUGGUCACAGCGUGGUCACAGGGGUUGCAGCUGCAACCAGGCUGUCACUCCAGGGGGCCUGGCUGCAGCUGCGACUUCGGCCACCAUGGGCUGCCAUCACUUCAGGGCCAGUGUAUGGCCGCACCAGACCAGGGGGCGCUCAUUCACCCUGUGACAGGCAGGAGGGGAGCGCACGGCACAGUGCUCCCUUCCUGUCAGUCAUUGUAUGUAGCAUGACCAAGCGGACUGCGGUAGAGAGGCCUCUGCUUUCCUUUACCUGGUCUGACAGGAAAUUCUGACUGAGAGCACUUCCUGUCAGAUUGGUACCAUGGUCCGCUGGGCCAAGCUACACAGAGAGAGCAGGGGGAGAUGUGGUGGUGGUGGUGGGGAGGAUUAAGAUACAUGGGGUAGCUGGAGGUGUAGAAUGAAACACAAGGAAGGGGACAAUAAGAGACAUGGAGGGGCUGGGAUAAGAGUUUAAACACAUGGAAGGGUUGAGAGGGGAAUUGAGACACCUGGGGGGAUGAGACACAUGGAGGAGCAGGGGGGAUGAGACACAUGAGGUACUGUGGGGAAAUUGAGACACAUGGAGGGGCUGGGUGGAAUGAGAGACACGGAGGGGCUGGGGAGAUUGACACACAUGGAGUGGUUGGGGGAUGAGACACAUGGAGGAGCUGGGGAGUGAUGAGACACAUGGAGGAGCUGGGCAGUGAGAAGACAUAUGGAGGGGCUGGAGGGUGGAUGAGACACAUAGAGAAGCUGUGGGAGAAUGUGGCACAUGUAAGGACUGGGGUGGUAAUGAGACACACAGAGAGCUGGAGGGAGAAUUAGACACAUGGAGGGGCUGGGGGAGAUGAGACACAUGGAGGGGCUGGGGGGAUGAGACACAUGGAGAAAUUGGUCGGGAUGAGACACAUAGAGGGGCUGUGGGAGAAUGAGACACAUGGAAGAUCUGGGGGUGUGAAAUGAGACACAUAGAUUUGCUGGGGGGAAGAAUGAGACACAUGAAGGAGCUGGGGGGAUGAGACACAUGGAGAGGCUGCGAGGGAUGAGGCAAAUGGGUGUUGGCCCAGGGCAAUUUUUGCACUGCAGCCCGUUGCUUUCUAGUUAUGCCUCUGAUUGCAUGGCAUAUUCAAGAUGUGGUCUAAUCAUUGAUUUACAAAGGGGCAAAAUUAUAUUUUCGUUCCGAGCCUUAAAAUCACUUUUUAUGUGUUUUGAUCAUUUAUAAAUAGGUUGAAUAGAAGUGGUCCCAGAACAGACCUCGUGCCACUUUAUCCAGCUUUAAAAUUUAACAUUAAUGACAACUCUCUGUACUCUAGUACACACAUUAAUUUAAAUAAAAUGUAUUUCCCAGGUCAAAGAAGAAGUUGGAGAUGUUAAUAUUCUGAUCAAUAAUGCCGGUAUUGUUUUCUGUGCUGAUCUGCUGACGCUGCAAGAUAGCCAAAUCCAAAAAAUAUUUGAAGUGAAUAUUCUUGCUCAUUUUUGGGUGAGUGUUUUUUUUUCUUUGCCAAACUGCUGUGGUGUAUUUAGACAGCAAGAAAGGUUUACUGAGUGAUGUCCUUGAGUUGUGUCACUUUGCAUGUGUGGGAUUGGUAAUGGAGUGUGUGCAAUUUUUUUCUGUGUCCCAGAGAAGCAAGUGCUGGUUGUGCAACCCAUGACACCGAGAAAACUUUGAUAGUCCCACUGAAUCCAGAAUGUUAGGAAGGCGUGCUGGUUUCUGCAUUAGGAAAGUACAUAUCCUAACAUAAUUCAUUAGAAAAAUUCCCUUUAAAUAUUACCCACCAAUUUUCCCAUAACCUUCCAUGCAUCUUUUAUUUUCUAAUGUUGGUCCCACAUCUUGGAAAGAUUUAGGUAGCUUUGUUCAACAUAGCUAUGUGAAAUACUCAAUAUAAAUUGCAGUCUGCAUUUACUUCUUAGUUUGUGCUAAUAUAAGAUGUGUUUUGUAUUGCCCAGUGCUCUGUGCUAAACUGGAAUUAUUAUCUUUUUCUCUACCAAAGACCACAAGAGCUUUUCUUCCAUCCAUGAUAACCAACAACCAUGGACAUAUUGUUACAGUAGCUUCAUCAGCAGGUGUUAUUGGAGUUCCAUUCUUGGUGGACUAUUGGUGGGUAUAUUAUUUCAUAGUACUUAAAAUCUCUAAAUUAAUUUCUGGUACAUGAUCAUCAGUUAACUUAUUUAUGAACAGUCACUUUUCUGGAAAAGAUACCAUUUAAUAAAAAAAAUAUAUAAAUAACAUAAGUGGAUAUUAAGAAAACUGUAUAGGUACAAAAAAUGUAUAUCCUUGUACUCCCCCCAACAGUAAACAAACUGUCACUAAAUGCCUUUUCCCUAAAUAGUGUAAUAAUGAGCUGCAGAAUUACAUUGUAUAAUCUUUACUUUGAUCAGAUUGUCUGUUUCUCCUCUGAUUUCAUGUCAUUACCCCCUUUACGUUUUCCCUUCUACCUGUAUUUCAGCUGGACUGUCCACCAAUGGCCAUCCUCCAGUGAUUCUCUAUGAGAAUCAGUAAUGACACACCUCAGAAGGCAUGCAUGAGCUUCAUGAUGCAAUUUGCAUCACUUAACAUGUGCCCACAAUGCCUGCCCAAUAAGUACUCAGCCUAAGAUACACUACAAAUACUGCAUUUAGACAUUAAAACUUACAUACCACAUCAAACACACACAAACAGUUCCUCACCACAUUAGGUAUCAUAUUGUGUCAUAUGUUUAUUAUAAAUAAAUAUAAAGAGUCAGGCAAACUCAUAAAUACCUAUAAUAGAUAAUAAGUGUUAUAUAUCUAUCUAUCUAUCUAUCUAUCUAUCUUUCUCAAUCUAGCCAUCUAGGGAGGUUGAUUAACAGGGGCAGGAGAGGAAAGAGUUAACAGUGGGUAGGGAGGUUGGCAGACAAACAGUAGGCAGUGAGGUUGGCUGGCAGGGAAAGUGUUAUCAGUGGGUAGGGAGGUUGGCUGACAGGGACUGGCAGGAAAGGGGUUUACAGUGGGUAGGGAGGUUGGCUGACAGGGACUGUUGGAGAAUUUAUUACUCGCAUUAAAGGGAGGGAGGGAGAGGAGCACAUAUGGGCUCUAGCCUUGUCUCUACUGUGUAGUCUGUGCUGUAAGCAUUCCUUACACUACAGAAGACAUGCCUCUAUUUUCAUUGGCUGGAAAAGGUACGCUUCUUUCAGAGACUGGGAAUCAGGAACAUGUUAAAAUUUUAGAGGUGGUGGCUAAGGAGGCUGAGUUACACUGCUGAAAUCAGCAAAAUAUUUUACAGCACUGCAGGAAAACUACACAGAAUUGUAUGAAAAGAAACUACCCACAUGUACUUCAGCUUAUUAGCUUUAAUUUAAGCUUAACCUUGUUGUGUCCAACAAGCUGAUUUUACGCAUGUGCCCUAAUGUUGGAAAAUGUACAACGCUAGGAUGGUGACAAUCUAAAAUUCUAGUAUGUGUUGGAAAAGUGAAACCUAUCAACCAUUUGUCUACAAUUCCUUGGUGAUUUUUUUUAUUCUAAGCUUUUCAAAUAAUUUAAUAUUUUUGGAUACACAUUUAAACUGAUUUGUAUAAAAUAUUAAAAUAUACAUACAAAUGUAUUUUAAAAAAUCUAAAUAUUAAAAUAUUACUUACAAAUAUUAAAUAAUUUAACCCCUUCCCGACCCAGGACGGUUCAGGACCGUCAUCGGCAUUUUCCCAUUGCCGACCGAUGCCGGUCCUGAACCGUCCUAACGGUCAGAGGUACUUACCUGAUCGCCGUCGUUCCCCCGGCGGCGAUCAGCGUGGCUCCGGUUUUGGGGAGACUGCCUGCAGCCCAGACAGUCUCCCCACACUGAAUUAGGACCCCUGUGGCCAUGUGAUCGCUUAACACAGCGAUCACAUGGUCACAAUAGGUGUCCAUGUGUCUGCCUGCAGGGGGACUGUCUGUACUGACAGGCAGUCUCCCUGCUAGUGUAAAAUCAGAAAAAAAAAUAAAGUUAGUGUUAAUAAAAAAAUAAAUAAUAAUUAUAUAUGUGUAUAUAUGAUAUAUAGACAUAUAUUAUAUAUAUAUAUAUAAAAUAUGUCUAUAUAUCAUAUAUAUAUAUAAUGUCAUACUAAGUGUAUUUUUAUAUUAAUAUGUACUUAUAUUAAUAUAAAAAUACACUUAUAAUUAAAUUACACACGUAUAUAUAUAAUAUAUAUAAUAACUAUAUAUAUUGUAUAUAUAUAUUAUUAUAAAAUAUAAAUAAUAAGUAAUUUAAAUUAAAUAAAAUUUUUUUUAAAUAAUAAAAAAAAUUUAAAAAAUUAUAUAGCUAUAUGAAAUUUUAUUCUAACUGUAUUUUAAAAUUAAUAUAUAUAUAUUUAUAUCAAAAUACACUUAGAAUGAAUUUGUAUAUAUAUCUAUGUAUAUAAAAAUAAAUAAAAAUAAUAAGAAAUAUACAUACGUCCAUAUACAAAAUUACAUAAAUAAUUAUAUAAAUAUACACGUAGACUUCAAAUAUAUAAAUAUGCAUAUAUAUUUAAAUUCUACGUGCGUAUUUAUGUAAUAUUUUUACAUAAUUCAGUAAUUUUAUUGAUUGCAAUUUGAGGGACCUGCCUGCCAACCCAGGCCGAAAUUCCAGAGAAUUUAAUUUGCUAGCACUGUAUUUUACCCUGUAACGUUCUACGACACCCUAAAACCUGUACAUGGGGGGUACUGUUUUACUCGGGAGACUUCGCUGAACACAAAUAUUAGUGAUUCAAAACAGUAAAACAUAUCACAGCGAUGAUAUUGUCAGUGAAAGUUACUUUUUUUGCAUUUUUCACACACAAACAGCACUUUUACUGAUGAUAUAAUUGUUGUGAUACGUUUUCCAGUUUUUAAACACUAAUAUUUGUGUUCAGCGAUGUCUCCCGAGUAAAACAGUACCCCCCAUGUACAGGUUUUAUAGCAUUUUUGAAAGUUACAAGGUCAAAUAUAUGGGUCAAAUAUUUUUACAUUGAAAAUGGCCAGGUUGGUUACGUUGCCUUUGAGAGCGUAUGGUAGCCCAGGAAUGAGAAUUACCCCCAUGAUGGCAUACCAUUUGCAAAAGAAGACAACCCAAGGUAUUGCAAAUGGGGUAUGUCCAGUCUUUUUUAGUAACCACUUGGUCACAAACACUGGCCAAAAUUAGCGUUCAAUUUAGUUUUUUUACUUUUUUCACACACAAACAAAUAUGAAUGCUUACUUUGGCCAGUGUUUUCGACUAAGUGGCUACUAAAAAAGACUGGACAUACCCCAUAUUGAAUACCCUGGGUUGUCUACUUUAAAAAAAAUAUGUACAUGUGGGGUGUUAUUCAGAGAUUUAUGACAGAUAAUAGUGUUACAAUGUCACUAUUGAUAAAUUUUAAAAUGUAUGUUUUGAAACCGCAAUAUCCUACUUGUACCUAUAGCCCUAUAACAUGCAAAAAAAAGCAAAAAAGCACGUAAACACUAGGUAUUUUUAAACUCAGGACAAAAUUUUGAAUCUAUUUAGCAGUUUUUUUCAUUCGCUUUUGUAGAUGAGUAAAAGAUUUUUCAAGUAAAAGUCAAAAAACAUGUAUUUUUUUCAAUUUUUCAUCAGAUUUUUUUAUUUUUUUUAAAUUAAAAUACAUGAGAUUAUAUAAAUAAUGGUAUGUAAAGAAAGCCCCUUUUGUCCUGAAAAAAACAAUAUAUAAUUUGUAUGGGAACAGUAAAUGAGAAAGCGGAAAAUUACAGCCAAACACAAACACCACAAAAGUGUAAAAAUAUGCCUGGUCGCAAAUGUACAACAUCGCAAAAACAGUCCAGUCCUUAAAGGACCACUAUAGUGCCAGGAAAACAUACUCGUUUUCCUGGCACUAUAGUGCCCUGAGGGUGCCCCCACCCUCAGGGUCCCCCUCCCGCCCGGCUCUGGAAAGGGGAAAAGGGGUUAAACUUACCUUUUCCAGCGCUGGGCGGAGAGCUCUCUGCCUCCUCUCCUCCUCCGAUCCGCCCCGUCGGCUGAAUGCGCACGCGCGGCAAGAGCUGCGCGCGCAUUCAGCCCGUCGCAUAGGAAAGCAUUUACAAUGCUUUCCUAUGGACGCUUGCGUGCUCUCACUGUGAAAAUCACAGUGAGGAGCACGCAAGCGCCUCUAGUGGCUGUCAAUGAGACAGCCACUAGAGGAUUAGGGGGAAGGCUUAACCCAUUCAUAAUUAUAGCAGUUUCUCUGAAACUGCUAUAAUUAUGAAAAAAUGGGUUAAGCCUAGAAGGACCUGGCACCCAGACCACUUCAUUAAGCUGAAGUGGUCUGGGUGCCUAGAGUGGUCCUUUAAGGGGUUAAAGAGAUUGUGUAAAAAUAUUAAAUUGGCACUACAGUGUGAUAUUUUCUCCUAGGGACAUGCACGCACACUGUCUUUUCUUCAUGUAACAUAUAAAAUGUAUUUCACAGAGUUCAGAGUCCAUCUCACCUUCUCUAUUUAAACUAUGACACUUGUUUUUUAUUUCGAACGACAACUGUCCAAGUCUUUCCAAAUAUUUUUGCUCUAUUAUAUUUAGGAUAUUAUUUAUAUGGUUAUUUGAUUAACCCAAAGUAACAAAAUGUAUAUUUGCAAAAAAUAAAAAUAAAUCUAAAAGGAAAACACAACAGAUUUAUACAAUUAUAAUAUUGUAAUUGAUACUUUUGAUUUAAUUAAACUUUGCAUUAUGUUUUUAAUUUGAUAUCAUUUUGCCAUACUGUUUUCAGGAAACAUAUAUUUGAAAAACAAUGGUAUUAAUGUAUUGCACACAUUUUAUUCUCUAGAUCAGUGGUUCCCAACCCAGUCCUCAAGUACCCCCUAACAGGAUUUAGGGAUUACCAAAUUGUCUCUAAGGUGUUUGUAGAAAAAAAAAACACUUUAGACACAACAGGGUAAUCCCUAAAUCCUGGACUGGUAGGGGGUACUUGAGGACUGGGUUGGGAACCCCCGCUCUAGAUCCUGUAGGUAUGUUGACUGUAAUAGUAGUUUUGGGAUUUGCUAUUUUAUCCAUUCUAUCUAGUUAAACGCUCACAUGCAUUUAUCAGAAUACAUUUUUGUAUUUUCUGCGCUAAUGGCUUUGUCUUAUUCAGCAUCUUUUUGUGUUGGGAGUAUAUUCUCUACACUCACAAGCUACACCCUCAAACUAGAACAAGAUGCAACAUGUUUUCUUACAGAGAGCCAGCUUGCUACUUAACUCUCUGCCAUUAAACUGAUAGAGUGUAGAACUUCAAAAGAAUUACAAGCUGCAAUGAUAACCCCCUGGUUUGUAUCAUACAAUUGUGGAGAGUUUGACGAAGACAAGGGCUUUUUCAACCCCUUCAACCGCUAGGUCAAUGUGUAAAUAUAUUUCCAGAGUUGAUCAGCAAUAAUAGGUUGAGUAUGUUGGGGGCAGGUAAUAUAAAGAAGACUCCGGAGAACACCCCUUAUUCUCUUUUCCAUAUUCUGGUGUCCAUCAGUUCCGGGCCCUUACCUACCUUAGAUUUCUUUAAUACAGCUUUAGUUUCAUUCUAUGUAAAAUAUCCCUGUAGAUUAUUAUUUUUAAUUAAACAAAACCACUGGCUAGUAUUAUGCUAACAAAACAUAUCCACACAUGAGAAUACUUUAAAGGAUUUAAAGGAACACUAUAGGGUCAGGAACACAAACAGGAGGAACACAUGUAUUCCUGAACUUAUAUUGUUAAAUCCACCAUUUAGGUGGCUUGCAACUGAUGCAAUGAGUAGCUUCACAUUUCUUAUACAACCAUGUCUAAAGACACAUACCGUGGUCGAGGAACAGAUGUUAGUCUGUUUGAGAAGGGUCAAAUCAUUGGCAUGCAUCGAUCAAAGAAAACAUCUAAGGAGAUUGCAGAAACUACUAAAAUUGGGUUAGGAACUGUCCAACGCAUUAUUAAAAGCUGUAAGGAUGGGGUGUGGCUUGGCGCCAGACGAGAAUGGCCACCUAAUCCUCCAGCUCCGCUCCUGACUGCACCAAAGCAGAACUAAACAGCGCAAUCUGGCACCCAUGAGGUGCACCAAGCAAGCCCAAAUGAACCCCAUCCACACCGAGAACACAAGGGAGCAACCCGCACCCCUCGAUACGCAGUUACCUGCAUACUCCAGGAGACUUUCUCUCGCAGGAUGAGGCCUCCAACAUGGCGCCCUCCUCGCCAAGCUCCACGCUGUCGGAAGAAUGCCCCCUAACCGCCGCCAUGCAAAACUCUCAAAAACGCUAUUGGUGGCAAUUCCCCUUCGCCCUCUCAGCCCGACGAGGUAAUACCGAAGCCACAAUUUGGACACCACAGGAUGUCCAGGCCUUCCAAGAAGCCCUCGACCUCCCACCCAUCCCGGACUGGAUGAGUUGCCCGGCAAACGAACGCUCCAUAGGAAGACCAACCCGCUGCAUCAUUCAACAGGGUCCGGACCCCUCACUGGACCAAUCACACACCCAGGACGCCCUCACAACACCUACAGAACUAGAAGCACUUACACCCUGGGCACCUAGACAUAGCUACACACCGGACAUUAGAUCAGAGACAAACUAAGGACGCAGACACCUUAGAGACGAGAUAGCUAAGCUCCUCAUAUUAAGUAUUAAUUGUCUUUGUUGCUUUUCUCUUACUCACUCCCUAUUUUACUUAUUUAUCAGUCCACCAACUUGUUUAUUGUUUAUUACACGGGCAUGUUCUAACUGUUCUAAAUGUUGUAAAUGUUUUCCUUGAUGAUGUCAUAUACUGUAUUAAUACUGUAUGAUGUUCUUCCAUAUGUUUCUAGUUUACUCUUAACUCGUAUGCUCUACGGUACGCACCUUGAAACAACCAAUACGGAUGCUCAUUUACACGCAUCACAGACCGGCAAACCGGUCUUUCCCUUGAUGGGUGCCACAUCUCACAGAAAGUGGGCAGCAGGGGACGGAUACUGACCAACUGUGACACCCCACUCUCUGAACAGUGACCUACCCAGCCGCUAACGACACCAGCCCCACGGGUUUACUGCCAACACCCUGAGAGGUGGAUACAUGGGACAACGUCCCCAGACAUCCACCUACCAGCAGCAUAUUACCCCUGACCCCAGUCGUCUUUGCGACCCAAUAACACCUCCACUUAUUGCCCCACACUGCCCUUUACCCCUUCCUUCCCCGCUGAUCUCCCUAUCAUCUCUCCCUGCAACACCACCUACACACUUUUACCUGUCUACAAAAGCGGCACACUGCUUGGUAGGGCGCUGAGAGCGCGAAGGCAGAAGAGCCAAAAGAUCUCCCUAGCGGGAAAAACCUUACUCAUCUCUAAAGCCAAAGAAGAAGGCUUCCGAAAAUAUUACUCCUCACUGUACUGCUUAGCCCCAAACAUCUCACAUGAAAACAAAGUAGAGGGGACCUUCCCAACACGCCAAAAAGCGUAUAUCGCACAGAACAUGACAUCCAAGCUAACACCACACAAAAUUUGAAAUCCUCAACGUGGGAUGCCCUCAAGCACUGGUAGCCACGCUGCAAAAUGAGCUUCCCUUCCACUGGUGAAAGGAGGUAAUCAAAUACCUGAGGAUCUGGUUAUCUGCAGACCUAACAGAUUCCUACCGCAUCAAUUUCCCACCUCUCCUCGACCAGAUACAAAAGGACCUAGACUCAUGGCAACUUCCACAUAUUACGUGGCUGGGGAGGAUCAGCGUACUUAAAAUGAACAUACUCCCGCAAAUUUUAUAUCUUCUGCAAACCCUACCAAUCCACAUCCCAAAACCUUCCUAUCACAAACCGGAAAAUGCUGACAGACUAUGUCUUGCACCGCAAGAAGGCGAGACUGAACUUCGCCACCCUCACCAAACCCAAGCAACAUGGGGGACUGGGACUACCAGAUCUGGCAAAAUAUUGGCGGGCCGUCCACCUUCAGAGGGUGAUCGAAUGGACACACAACACGAAAGAUAAACUUUGGAUCUCAAUAGAGGCGAGCUUUUCACAGACACCCCUGCCCCUCCUCCCAUGGCUACCGAAAACUAUGACCGGUGAGCUACCGAACAAACACCCAACCCUGAAUGCCAUGAUGACUGUCUGUAGGAUAAUGGCAUCGCACGAUAACAUGGCCCCGGAGCUAUCACCGCUAUGCCCCAUAUCGCACAACCCAUGAUUCACCCCAGCGCCAGACCCCCGCUAUAUUACACCCCUUGGACUGCUAUCCCCCUGCAGACUGAAGGAUAUGUACAAACAGGGCACGAUCACUUAGCUUCAGAUACCAUCAAGUGACGAGGUUCCCGAAGAACAUACCUGGCCUAGACUCAGCAUCAAGAGCACUCUCUACUUUCGAGGCCAUCUGCACGAACUCCCCUCCCCCACCGCAUGCAAUCUCGAUCCUCUACCACAUGCAAAUCACCCCUCACACUGACGCACAUCUCCCUUAUUUCACUUGAUACUGCGAAAAGGACCUAGGACACACACUCUCAGCGGAACAAUGGACCACAGUGUUUACACUUAUACACAAAGCCUCUAUAUCCACCAAAUUCCAGGAAACUGGGUACAGAAUGAUCUCACACUGGUACAGGAUGCCAGAAAAACUAACCGUGAUGAAGACUACGGAAUGCUGGAGAUGCAGGAAGGAACUAGGAUACCUCUUCCAUAUCUGGUGGUCAUGCCCACUCAUCAAAACCUUUUGAGCAGCGAUGGCAUAACGCUGAGGGAAGGGACACAACCCAAAAGGACGCAGAGAACCAUCAGCCCCGGCCUGGGGGUGAGGGAAGCUAGAAUGGGGUCCUGGGAACAAACCCCACCAUCUACCCUAGCCACUUGACCUAGCCAACCCCCCUCCUCCACCUUUCACACUCUCGUUCCUCACUAACCCUCCAAGCGCCUUCUUCCUCCCCCCCAGCAAUUCAAACUACACAUAACCAACUACUGACACAACAGCACUGGAACAUGACACCACGUAGGGAGGACAACCACACAACACAACACUCAUACGAGACCCCACACGUACCCAUGAACAAUGAACACAAUACAAACCACCCUUCUUGGAACACCCUGGAGCCAGGCUGAUGCACAGACACAACACAAGAAACCAGACCUGCCAGAAGCGGUUACCAACCCCUCCGAGACCCGAUUGGGAUAUAUAUCUUGAACCCAACUCAGCAUCACUGGUCCCAUCACACUGCCACUCUCGUAGGCACUCCAAAGUUUUCGGUCGCUUAAACGACCUCCCACCCCACACGCUCUCCCUCGACCUGGGGCGCUCUCCACCCAAAAGCGAUUCCUCUGACAUUCAGCUCUGAACAACAAUAAAAACAGACAAAACAAGGCACAAUAGUACCACCCCAAUGGACAAGCUAACCUGCUCGCAGCGACCACACGAUAGUGCCCCACGGGUACCAGGGGAGGGACGGCAUGACUGACAAGACCUACACGGCUUCCAGACACAUACGACAGCAACCCAAGGAUAGACCUCCCCGUCACACUGCGAACCACCCACUAACCGUUGACUCCCCUACACUACCCACCAAGCACCAAACAGGUCCGGCAGCAGUGGGCCCCCGGCUUGCGUCUCCCUGCUGCCCACGAGUCCCCCCCCACCUUAGAAUAUUAAGUUUCAUGUUCCAAGUUCCAUACCUCAGUUCAAUACCUCUCCAGAACUAUACACUCCACUGAUACAGCUAACUACAGCUAAUCCCUACCACUCAAUGUAACCUCACAUUCAAAAAAAAGGGAAUGUACUGCAUAGCUGAUAAUGUUAGUUAUAUGGUCUGAAAUGCAUAUACUGUACACUCACAAAUUGAAGUUUGAACUGCAUACUUUGCUGACCUGCUCAGCAUUGUACUCUGUUAUGUAAAAAGAUCUACCUGUGACUAAUGAAUGACAUCUAUAAAAACCGUGAAUUAAAAAAAACAAAAAAAUGGAAGGAUAGUGGGGAACCAUCGUGAUGGGUGCAUCAGGGUAAGAAGAGAGACAGAUGAAGUGAUGCACCCAUCAUGCCUAGUGCCUACUGUACAAGCCUAUGGGGGCAGUGCUAUGAUCUGGGGUUGCUGCAGCUGGUCAGGUCUAGGUUCAGCAACAUUAUGUGCCCAAAGAAUGAGGUCAGCUGACUACCUGAAUAUACUGAAUGACCAGGUUAUUCCAUCAAUGGAUUUUUUUCUUCCCUGAUGGUAUGGGAAUAUUCCAAGAUGACAGUGCCAGGAUUUAUGGGGCUCAAAUUGUGAGAGAGUGGUUCAGGGAGCAUGAGACAUCAUUUUCUUACAUGGAUUGGCCACCACAGAGUCCAGACCUUAACCCCAUUGAGAAUCUUUGGAAUGUGCUAGAGAAGACUUUGCACAGUGGUCCGACUCUCCCAUCAUCAAUUCAAGAUCUUGGUGAAAAAUGCACAAGCUUAUCGAAACAAUGCCACAGCAAAUGCGUGCUGUAAUCAAAGCUAAAAGCUGUCCAACAAAAUUUUAGAGUGUGUCUGUCACGGCAAGGGUGUAUAAUUUAUUAUUACACUAUGGAAUAUCAUCCUUUAAUGUAAUUUGUGUAGUAAAUGGCACAAAUUACAGAGAUGCUAUUGCUGAGGUCAACAGGGGUUACAUCUUUUGAAGCUGGGACCCCCACAGAGGUCAAAUGACAGAAGUAAUAUAGUAAUAUAGUAUGAAUGGCAUAGGAAUGUGAAAAGGAUUUUACUAUAUGGAUGUGAAGUAAUCAAGGCUCUGCAAGGUGUGAGGUUCUACACUUGGAAAAAGUCUGAAUGUCUCUUCAUCCAUUUGGCAUGUACCUUGUAAAGGAUAGUUCAAUCAUUUGAAAUGGUAAUGGGGUUAGUUUCAUGAAGAUCCUUGUGUUCCAGUAUCUUAUCCAAGUGAAACAUUAAUACUUACCCACAGGUUAAUAAUAAAGCCUAAUUUUUAUUAUAUUUGGAAUGGGACAAGCCCAAUCUUUUAAUUAAGCCUAAACAUGAGUUGCACAAUUUAAACCGUGUGGCAGGACUUGUGAUGUCCGUCCUAUUGGAUCGUGGGCGGGGCGUGCAACAUAUCUUUGGAAUGGGAAAACAAUAACAAAUUCAUAGAGGCAAUUAUUAUUUCUGUGGCAAGUACAGUAGAGGAGAUAAAACCAAAAGUUUGUAUGUGGCUUGUUGUUUUCUGGAACAAAGGAGGUGGACACUUAGUAUCCCUAUUGCUCCACCCCUGGAUGAGGCGUGGCAAUUCAAAGGGUAUAUCUCCUGUGAUCCUGAAGGGUGUUUGUGUACUUGCUUGGGGCCAAGAUCUAAUUUUAAAUGAGUCACCAUCUUUCCUUGCCAUAGACCCCCUGGACAGAGGUUGUACUUUGAAAACCUAAGUGAGUAAUUAGGACUUCUGUAUUUUAUCCUUUUUGUUUUUAUCUGUUGUUGGUGUAAAUAAUUUGUUUAUCAUAUAUUGUUAUAUGCACUGUGACUAUCUUUUGCUCAUAAUAAACGUUCAUUUAUUAAGUUUUGCCUUUGUCUGGUUAAGAAUCACGUUACCUGAAGAGACUAGUUAGUAUUUUUGUAAUUCCUUGAAUAUUGUACUAGGUAAUAUUUAGUGGGUUUUAUUAUUGAUUUGCCUGGGGGACCAAGGCACCCCAUUUAUAAAUUGUCUUGGUGGUGGCAGCGUUGAAAUAGUAAUAGUUAUAUUAUUAUGUUUAAGUGUAGGUGGUGUUAAAAGGGGGAUUUUGUCAUUAUUUCCGGUCUAGUGCAGACAAAUAGUGAACUUUAACCCUUUCACAACCACAACUAUGUCACGCACACUCUUGUAGUAGGGUGUGUUCGUAACAGUGUCCUUUUUUUUUCACCAGGAAGUGUAUAAAUGUUACCUCCCUUUGUACUUUAUAUUCCUUUAGGAGCUGCUGUCUUUCUUUAUCUCAUUUGUGGUGUCCUGUCCUGCCUUAAUAGAUUGCAGAUACAAGGAAUCUAUCCCCAGCAAGUGCAAUGUGAGUGCUUCAUUAUACGUUUGUGCUGUGCUGAAUUGUAUCAGGGCAGCAGGACCAUACAGAGAGCCCUUCAGUGAUGCUCUGUGCACAGUCUGCCCUCAAUGGGGCCCACGUGGUAGGCUGUAAGUCACUCCAGGCCCCUUGUUAGUAAGGCCCUUUUCCAGGUGAGACAGCCCAUUGGACAUCAGCAGGGACACAAGUGGUGUCACUGACAUGCCCCAUAGACCCGUUCACCUAUUCCUGGUUUUGGGUGCUGUUACACCAUCCUGCUUUUGUUACCUAGUGUCCCCAGAUUAAAUUUGGCCUCAAUACACAAUAUGAGUAGCAUUAUUAGAGCCUAUGGACGCAAUUCUUCAGAAGUGCUCUGAGCAUGGACAGUAUGGACUAGGACUUGCCAUACAUGCCUGUCAGCAUGACUGGUCAGAGCUGCAGUUAGACCCAUUUGUGACCAGACCUUCCCCUUUUCACACUCUGCUCACCCACUUAGACCGUUUCCCCUUUGUCAAGUACCUACCUUCUAAUGUUGAGAGGUAAGAAUAUGUAGGUUCCCAAAAAUGCCAUCCAAACAAAAUACUAUUAUUCAUUUGGUGGCUUAAUACCCAUUUACAGUAGGUACUUUUCCACCUGCAUAUUGACUUUAUGGGACAUUGCAUGCUGCAGUUCUGAAAUGUACUCAAUAGAUACAGAGUUUUCCUACUUUCCUCAGUCAUGGCUACUACAGGUUAACCAUUAUUUUUUAUCCACAGAGUUGCCAUAGAGUAUGGUAAUAAGGUCACCAUUAAAUGUUCUGUUGCAUUGGCUUCUAUGAGAAAAUAUGUUUUGACUGAAAUAUUAAAGCAAAUAAAAUAUUUAAACCACUUAUUGUCUCAAGUGGAAUUAUUAAAAGACAAAUUAAAUGCCCAGGAAAACAUUAAAACAAGACAUUCAGGCACAAGUAUAAUGCUUAUUUCAUUUUCGGUAAAUGCACAUGUAAUUAAUUAUUUACGGAAUGUAUAAACAGGGUUGAACUUUGGAAUAUAAGUUUAAGGCAAAAACCAUGCCUGCUAAAAAUGUGAUAGUUAAAGUAAACCGUAAAAAUGUUCUCCCAUUUAAAAAAACAUUUUAUUCUCACUUUUAGUGCCACUAAAUUUGCAGCAUUUGGGUAUCACAAGUCACUUACCGCAGAACUCUCUGCAAUAAAGAAACCUGGAAUAAAGACUACAUGUCUCUGUCCUGUAUUUGUCAACACUGGCUUUGUAAAAAAUCCAAGCACAAGGUAACUAUUGGAUAAUUAAUGUACUUAAAUAAAUCAAAAAUGUAACUCCACGUGUAUGUUAUAUAUGGACACUAAAAAAAGAUGGGUCCAUGCAUGUAUUGAAACAGGUCUGCAGUAGGCUGCAUUGCUCACCUGCAAAACUGAAAUAAAACAAUAAUGCAUGUAGGUAAUUCAGCUAGUGGCAUAUUUAUCUCCCACGUAAUUAUGUUAUAACCCCCAGUACUGGAAUAGUUUAACGUAGUGGUGAUCUUAAAGGAACAUUACAAGGAUCACAACCACUACAAAGCGCUGUAUGGAUUAUGGUACCAUAAUGGUACCUUUUUAGAAUGGUUUGACUUCUUACAACUGCCUCUAUUACUGCCCAAUGAGCUCUCUUCACUGCACUGCAAUGCACGGUUCAAUAAGCUCUCUUCACUGAGCUUGGUGCAGGGUUUUGCUCAUUGGCUCAAUCAGUUGAUGCUCUCCAGAAAUAAGCUAGAACAUUACUAUAGCCCUUAGCUCCUGUAAGCUAACAGAAAGCUUUGAUCUGUGCAGUUACAGUGCAGAACUAGCUCAUUGGCUGAGAGUGUCUUUGACUUUUUACAAUUGGGGGGAGGGUGGGUGAAAGGCUCUCCUGGCACCAUAAACAAUACAGUGUACUAUAGUGGUUAUCUUUUUUUUUCAAUUUGACAAUUUUGAUUGCGUUUUGUAAGGAUACAGAUAAAUGAAUUUGGGGUUUUAAGGGUUAAAAUAAACAUAACACAUGGUACAUUGUUGUCUCCGACAUCACCUGGUAGUCCACUCCCUAUGCUCCCUAUGCUCCAUUGUCCCAUUUGUCAGCCCCCAUGUCUGUUGUCCCCCGUGUUUAAGGUAUGGUGGCGGAGCACUACAGAGCUUGCCCGAAGGUAGUGGAGUCUCUACUCUGUGGAUGUUGGUGUCAGACCCCAGACCACAGGUGUAAGACUAGGAUGGUGGAGAGUACAUUACGUGUUAUCCCUCAAGUGCAGUCUACCUCCCAUGCUUCCUUUUUUGUUCUCAGGCUGGUGGCAGAGCAUCAGGUUUCUACGUACGUGUGGAUUUCCCAACUCGUCUGUUGUUUGUUUUUGUGGCCUAUGUCUUGUCUCUGUCUAAAUCUUAUCUCUCUUGCUGAUUCUGGCUUUCUGGCCUAUGGUAGACUUUUACCAGUUGGUGUUGCCUGUGUCUCCUGGAUUCUUGGUAAGUGAAUGAGGAUGGGCCAUGAGAUGUCUAUUGGGCGAGUCAAGGCUGCAUCAACAUUGUGGCGAUCUCGAGAAUGGUCAAAAGUUAACAGUUACCAAUAAAACUAUAUACAUGUGGGUAAGUGUAGGUUUCAUGCUAUCCCUGUCAGUUGCCAAAGCCAUUAUGGCCAGUGUGUAGUGAAUCUCUCCAAGAGCUGUCUUUGGUCCUCGAGUGUUUUUGUUUUUUUUCCUUCUUCCCCUCCCGUUUACCUAUCCCCCACAGAGUUUGGGCUUCCAUGGCAUAUUUAUUUGUGGAAAGCUGUUUGUUAACCUUUGUUUCGCACUCUUAAUUCAGAGAUAUUUGUCGUAUUAGGGCUACCCUGUCAGGUGGGUCAGUCUGUUUCCAUGCCCUUGCUACAAGUGUAUUGGCUGCGACCAGUAUAUGGUACAAGAGUCUCGAAUCGGUUCUAUUAUAUUCUUCGAACAUCAUGAAGAGGAGGCCACAUUCCGGUGAGUUUGCGCAUUAUCUCUAAGUGAGAGGCGCAAUGCGUUCUCUUUUUGUGUGCCAAAAAGCCCUUUUCCCAUUGUGUUUCAGUGAACUGUUUGCCUAUAUCUGCCUGCCAUGGCAACAUGAAGCGUUCUGCAGUGUACUUAGUGGCAAUGUUCAGCAUAUUAUAUAUAAGUGAAAGUAGUUUUUUGGGCUGUUGUGCCGAAGUGCACACUUGUUCCAUGGUCUAAAUAGUAGGUGUCGUUGCCUGGUCUUUCGAGUCCAACAACAGAGAUUUCAGUUGGAGGUAUGGGAAUAGUGUUUAGUUGGCAGGCUAUACCUAGUUUGCAAUACUGGGAAUUCUAGCAACUUGUCCUGCUCGUAUAGGUGACCCACAUGGGUGCAUCAAAGGUGGGGUUGGCUAUGUGUAUACUGUACAGAGGGGUGGCCCGUGCCCAGCUUCGUGUGUAUCCCAUAAUUGUUCUAGCCUUUUCCCAUGUUUUAAGAAGUAAUGCCGUGGUUUGUGGCAUGUCUGGGUUUCCUGGUCUUUGUGUGUGGGGUACCCAGAAUAGGUAUUUUAGGCCUCUAGGACAUGUCCAAGAGGAUUCCAUCUCUACCCAUUGUGGUGUGGCAGUCAUUACAUGGGUCUGAACCACAGUGGCAAGAAUGGCUGCCCUAUAGAAGAGUCGGACAUCGGGCAAACUCAAGCCUGCCUUUGCCAGAUGCUUGCAACCCUGGUCGCCACUCUAACUUUACAAUGGGCCCAUAUAAAGCCUGUAAAGAGCCUCUUCAGUUUGCCUAGAUAAGCUUUCGGUAGGUGGAUUUGCAGUGUCUUAAUUAGAUAGUGGAACUUCGGUAAUAAGAUCAUCUUAACCGCUGCCAGUCUGCCGAGCCAGGAUAGAAAUUUGCCUUCCCGUCUUUUUAUGGUAUCUGUCCGGUCCCGCAAUAGUAGGUCAUAGUUAGCUGAGAGUAAGCCUGUAGGGUUCUUGGUAAGUUUGACCCCUAGGAAGGAGAUAUAGUCCUUCCUCCAAUCUAGGGUGAAGGAAGUCUGCAGGAGCUCCAAUGUGUGGCCCGGGAUUCCCACUUGCAGUGUCCUGAAAAAUUAACCUGUGAGUUGUGUUUUAUAUUUUAUAGAGGUACAAGUCAACUACAUAAUCAGUCAUGUGUCUGGCCUUAUGUGAAACUCGAUUAUAUCAGUAUGUUGGUCAAGGUUUGAUUCCAAGGAAGUAAUGUAGAGAGCCAGUGUGGGUUAAGGCCUGUAAGAGUAUUAGAUGCUGUCUGCUGAAUGGGGGUAAGGCUGCGCCAGAAGUAAGAAUGUUACCAAAAGUGGAGUGGCGUCCCCCUUAAGGGAAAAUUGUGUAUGAGAGAUGUCGUGGUAUCGAGACAUGUCUCUUGCUGUCUUCUGACUUUGGCUUGUCUGGGUCGUCAGUGAAGGAUAGCUGCCAGUCAUACGGAGCUUGCGCUGGGCUUGCCCAAUGCACCUUCACCUACACCGUCAUGUGACAAGUGGUGAGGAAAUUUACGCCUAGUGAACUGUAGCUCUAAUAAGUAUCAGCUAGGGAUGUCUAGUAGGCGGGGGAAGGGGUUUAGUUGGCCAGUAGGCCGUCCGAGCUGGUUAGAGGUGUUGUAUGUACUAAACAUAAAAACUGUAAAACAUAAACUUUUUUAAACUAAACAUUAUCCAGUAGGUAUUCAGGUUGUGAUUGCAGCAUAUGAUGCCUUAGAGGGUUACCGCAGGCAAACUCUGUUGCUGUCUCUGAGUUCCAUCUCUGCGGUGGGGCAAGUGGCCGGGGUUGUGGCAUAGAGUCCCGAGAAAGUCCCAAAACUGGUAGAAGUGCUGUCUCCAUCUCAGAGUACCUGGAGUUUGUGGGAUAUGUUCCGUAAGUAUUGGAUUCUAUUUUUCCUGAGCAGGGAGGUAAAUGGUUGAAGGGUGCACCUCCUUGCCAGCGUGCCACCCGAGAUAUCAGUGUAGAAUGUCAGACACAUUGUCUCAAUGUUGUAGGGCGUACUUUCCUUCACUGCAGCCAUCAACACAGCCUUGUCUCUGAUGUUUUGAAAUUGAACCACUAGGUCUCGUGGUACCUCAGCAGGAGCUCUUGGUGAUUUUGGUACUCGGAAAUGACCAUCUAGCCCAACCGCUUCUAGAGCCAGCAUUAGGCACUGCAGAAUCUCUGUCCUCUGGAAUGCCUCUUAUUUUCAAAUAGUUUCUGCGUCAAAUAUCUUCCAUCAUGGAGAAACGCUGAUUAUAGGAUUCCUGUUGUUGCUGCAGCUUUUGUACUGCCUGCUGUAGUGUGGUUAUCUGUUGUGUGUUGGUGUUGGAGGCAGUCUCAAGUUCCCCAAUCCAUCCUUUCAGGCCUUGUAAAUAUGCUCUAAUGUCAGUGAGCAUAUUUCUCUGGAGAGAACUGCAGUGGUCACCGGAGAUGUGUCUGGAGACAGUAGGGCCGGAGGGGGUGGACACGUGGUGGGUAUUUCCUCCAUCUCCUCCUCGAGGGACAGGUUGCCAGACAGAGUACGUGUCAGGGUAAGCGGCCAUCUUGGGCCCAGCCCUGCCACGCGCCUGUCUCCACAUAUCGCUGAUGUUUGAGGCCAUCCGGGGCUUGUCAACUUUUUGCUUUUUCGUCUUGCGACCCAUGCUACUUUCUCUUCAUCUCGGGUAGCAAAUCAAGAGAUUGCUGCGGGCAAUGUGGGUUUUUAGUGCUCAGUAUUGCUGAGCUUGCGGUGGAUGCGGCCGCUGAGCUUGGACGUUUGGCUCCGCCUCUGUAGCAGGUGUGUUUUUGUGUGUAGAGUUGGUGUUUUUAUGUAAUUUUAUCGUUUUAAUACAGGGAUGUGUUUGUAUGGAAUGUUAGCAUUUUCGUGCAGAGGUGUAUUUGGAUGCAGUGUUUGAUUUUAAAUGUGGAUGUACAUUUGUGUGUAGUAUUGGUGUUUGAGUGUUUGUAUAUCAUUUUGGAGUUAGAGUUCGGGGGUGUCUUUUUAUGUCAUGUUUGUGUUUGCAGGCGUGUCUUUGAUUGCAGGAGUUGCGUUGGUCUUUGAUUGCUGGGAUGUCUGUACAUGCAUUUCCACAUACAUACUUACAUAUUACCAAACCGAAACAAAUGGACACAUACACAGUCAUAUACACACAAACACAGAUACACACACUGACACAGAUACACACACCUUGACACACAGAUACACACACCAGCACAAACAAAUACAGAUACACACACCUUGACACAGAGACACAAACUGGCACAUACAAACACAGAUACACACUGGCACAUACAUACAGACAUACACAACUUGACACACAGAUACACACUAGCACACAAAUACACACACUGACAGAUACACAUUAACACAUACACACACAGGCACACAGAUACACACACUGGUACAAAGAUACACACACCGACUCAGAUACACACACCUUGACACACAGUGUGUGUGUAUGUGUGUGUGUGUAUGUAUCUGUGUGUCAGUGUGUGUAUGUGUUAAUGUGUAUCUGUCAGUGUGUGUAUCUGUGUGCUAGUGUGUAUCUGUGUGUCAAGUUGUUUUCCAAUUUAGACACUGUUUUUUAUUAUCCUUAUUUUCCUUUCAUUAUAGAUUCUCUCCAGUAUUGGAGCCGGAAGAUGUUGCAAAGAAUCUGGUGGAUGGUAUUUUGACUAACAAGAAGAUUAUAUUUAUUCCACCUUUUAUAUCUGCAACAGCAGUUUUUGAGUUGUAAGUGCAAACAUUUUAAAAAAAAAAUUCAUACAGGAUUACCAAUUGAGAUAAAAGUUGUGUUGUUUUGAUUUAACUAAUACAACAUAACAAAUCAAAGUUACUGCUGAAAUUCUUAUGUAGAACUAACUAGAUAUGCAUUUAUUUUAUUUUACAGCUUUCUUCCAGAACGUGCUUUGAAAGCUUUGAACAAAUUCCUCGAUGUUAAAUUUGAUGCUAAAGUUCAGUGCAUUGACAAAGAUAAAUAGGUCUGUUUUGUUUGAAUCCUACUGUGUUGUCUAACAAUGUAAUAAUAAUUUUGUGCAAAUAAAAAUAAUGGUGAGAGCACUCAAUGCAUGCAGAAUAGAACGUUGACCAGUACUGUCUUGAGCAUGUAUCUAAAAUGACAAGACAUAAAGAGAACCAUAGGGUAAUAUUGUCAUAAAUAUAUACAAUGACCAUAUGUAACUGGUUAAACUCACAUGCUUCUGAGUCACUUUAAAAAGCUAACUCAGACUAUGAACUUGUAACGGAGAUGAACCCUUUUAAGCACGACGUUCUGUAUUGGUAUAGAUGAAUCCUCCCUGGAUGUAGUCUGUAUAAUUAAUCCAGAAUGCAGGAUCCAAUAAAAACUUAUUUUUAUUGGCACUGUAUUAACUUUUGUGUGUUAGAGUCAUUCACACUAGGUGAUGGUAGCACCAUAAUAUUUCUUAUACUCUUUUUUUCCCUAACUUCAACUUUUAUUUGUUACCAUAUAAUAAUAAUUUUGGUUACCGAAAAGAUUAAAGAUAAUUAUCUAAUA